AUGACAGAGGGUUCCAAUCUGGAACCCAGAGAGAGAGAGUUCCGUUGGACAGCGGUUGACUUUCUUUCCGCUGGGUCUCCAGUUUACUCUGCUACGUUCUGGAAGAGGUUAGAUACACCAGAACUGCUGGAGUUCUGCUAUAAUAGUUCUGUGGAUGUUUGUUUUAUCCAAAGCUGAGACAGAGGAACUUUAGAUGCUGGGGAGUUAUCUAUCUUUAUUCUAUUGGACCAGGUAAGUUGACUUGAGAAUGAAUUCUCCUUUACAGAAAUAAGUAGGGGGGGGAGUUACAGGGGGAAUAAGCCUGUUGGAAGCUGAUUAUGUACAGGGUAGUAACAAGGUGGGCUGGAGCUUACUCUUCUUUCAGUAACCCUGCUCCUCUCUCCCCCCCCCCCCCCCCCACCCUUAAAAAACAAAAAAAACAAAAAAUAAAACAAAAAAAAAUAAAAAAAAACCAAAAAAAAAACCAAAAAAAAAAAAAAAAAAAAAAAAAAAAAAAAAAAAAAAACAAAAAAAAAAAAAAAAAAAAAAAAAAAAAACAAAAAAAAAAAAAAAACCCAAACAAAAAAAAACAAAAAAAAAACCAAAAAAAAAACAAUAAAACCCCCAAAAAAAACAACCCAAAAUAAAAUAAAACAAAUCCAAAAAAACCAAAAAAAAAAAAAAAAAAAAAAAAAAACCCAAAAACCCAACAACCCAAACAAAAAACAAAAGACAAAAAAAAAACAAAAAACAAAACAAAAGCCAAAAACCCCACACACCCAAAAAAAAAACAAAACAUAAAAAAAAAAAAAAAAAAUGAACAAAAAAAGGGAAAAACAACAUCACCAAAACCUCCACAAAAAAAAAAAAAAAAAAAACCAAAAAAAAAAAAAAAACAAAAAUAAAAAAAACAAAAAAGAAAAAAAAAAAAUAAACAGCAAAAAAAAAAAAAAAAAUAAAAAAAAAAAAAAAAAACAAAACCCCCAUAAAAAAUAAAAAAAAAAAAAAGAAAAAAAACAAAAAAAAUAAAAAAAACAACAAAAGAAACCCAAAAAAACAAAAAAACAAAAAAAACAAAACCCCCAAAAAAACCCCCCCAAAAACCCCCCCACCAACCAAAACCCACCCCCCAGGUUUCACCCCCUUUUCUCUCUCUCUCUCUUCUCUCUCUCUCUCUCCCCUCUUCUCUCUCUCUCUCUCUCUUCUUCUCCCUUCCUCUAUCGUUUUCUCUCUCUGCUCUCCUAUCUCCCCUUCUCUCUCUCUGGUCUCUCGUCUCUGUCUCUCUCUCUCUCUCUGUUUCUCUCGCUCUUCUCUCUGUCGUUUUUGUCUGUCUGUCUUCUGUCUUUCUCUGUCUCUCUCUUCGGGCUUGGGGCUCUUUUCUCUCUGUUCUUCUCUGUCCUGUCUCUGUCUCUCUCUCCUCUCUUAUCCUCUCUCUCCUCUUCUCUCUCUCUCUCUCUCUCUCUCCUCUCUCUCUCUCAGAGAGGCACAAGGGGAAAACAGACUGAGUGAGUUCUGCCAAGUUUUUGACGGAUAACUGUCAAUCAUUAAUUAUUACCUUGCUUUACCCAAAAACACACACACACACACACACAAAACACACACACACACACACCCCACACACACACACACACAACACACACACACACACCACCUGGCUAUCAGGUGGAAGAGUAGCUGCUUUCCUUGGCAGGAACUAAUGUUAUUGUAUUUAUUAUGGAUCCCCAUUAGUUCCCGCCAAGGCAGCAGCUACUCUUCCUGGGGUUUAUUAUGGAUCCCCUUAGUUCCUUCCAAGGGAGCAGCUACUCUCCUGGGGGUUUUUUAUGGUCCCCAUUAGUUCUUCCAAAGGCAGCAGCUACUCUUCCUGGGGUUAUUAUGGAUCCCAUUAGUUUCCCUUCCCAAGGCCCGCAGCUACUCUUUUGGGGUUUAUUAGGGAUCCCCCUUAGUUUUCCCGCAAGGCAGCAGCUACUCUUCCUGGGGUUUAUUAGGAUCCCCAUUAGUUCCUGCCAAGGCAGCAUGCUACUCUUCCUGGGGUUUAUUAUGGAUCCCCAUUAGUUUCCUUCCAAGGCAGCAGCUACUCUUCCUGGGGUUUAUUAUGGAUCCCCAUUAGUUCCUGCCAAGGCAGCAGCUACUCUUCCUGGGGUUUAUUAUGGAUCCCCAUUAGUUCCUGCCAAGGCAGCAGCUACUCUUCCUGGGGUUUAUUAUGGAUCCCCAUUAGUUCCUGCCAAGGCAACAACUAUGCUUCUUGGGGUCCAAAGACAUGAAGGCAGUUAUACCAUUUUUAAAAACAUUAUAAUACAUUCACAACAGAUUUCACAACACCUUAAGUGUGUGCCCUCAGGCCCCUACUCUACUACCACAUAUCUACAGUACAAAAUCCAUGUUAUCGUGUGUGUAUGCAUGUGUCUGUGCCUGUGCAUUUGUACCUGAUGUGGGAUAGAGUUCCAUGUAGUCAUGGCUCUAUGUAGUACUGUGGACUUGGGGACUGUGAAGAGACCUCUGGUGGCAUGUCUUGUGGGGUAUGCAUGGGUGUCUGAGCUGUGUGCCAGUAGUUCAAACAGACAGCUCAGUACAUUCAACAUGUCAAUACCGCUCACAAAUACAAGUAGUGAUGAAGUCAAUGUCUGCUCCACUUUGAGCCAGGUGAGAUUGACUUGCAUAUCAUUAAUGUUAGCUCUCUGUACAUCCAAGGGCCAGCCUUGCUGCCCUGUUCUGCAAUUGCAAUUUUCCUAAGUCCCUCUUUGUGGCACGACUGAACAGUAGUCCAGCUGCGACAACCCUAGGGCCUGUAGGACCUGCCUUGUUGAUAGUGCUGUUAAGAAGGCAGAGCAGCACUUUAUUAUGGACAAACUUCUCCCCAUCUUAGCUACUGUUGUAUCAAUAUGUUUUGACCAUGACAGUUUACAAUCCAGGGUUACUCCAAGCAGUUUAGUCACCUCAACUUGCUCAAUUUCCACAUUAUUCAUUACAAUAUUUAGUUGAGGUUUAGAGUUUAGUGAAUGAUUUGUCCUUUUAGUUUUUGAAAUAUUUAGGACUAACUUAUUCCUUGCCACCCUUUCUGAAACUAACUGCAGCUCUUUGUUAAGUGUUGCAGUCAUUUCAGUCGCUGUAAUAGCUGACAUGUAUAGUGUUGAGUCAUCCGCAUACAUAGACACACUGACUUUACUCAAAGCCAGUGGAGUGUCAUUAGUAAAGAUUGAAAAGAGUAAGGGGCCUAGACAGCUGCUCUGGGGAAAUCCUGAUUCUACCUGGAUUAUGUUGGAGAGGCUUCCAUUAAAGAACACCCUCUGUGUUCUGUUAGACAGGUAACUCUUUAUCCACAAUAUAGCAGGGGGGUGUAAAGCCAUAACACAUACGUUUUUCCAGCAGCAGACUAUGAUCGAUAAUGUCAAAAGCUGCACUGAAGUCUAACAAAACAGCCCCCACAAUCUUUUUAUCAUCAGUUUCUCUCAGCCAAUCAUCAGUCAUUUGUUGAAUGUCCUUCCCUAUAAGCGUGCUGAAAGUCUGUUGUCAAUUUGUUUACUGUAAAAUAGCAUUGUAUCUGGUCAAACACAAUUUUUUCCAAACGUUUACUAAGGGUUGGUAACAGGCUGAUUGGUCGGCUAUUUGAGCCAGUAAAGGGGGCUUUACUAUUAGGUAGUUGAAUGACUUUAGCUUCCCUCCAGGCCUGAGGGCACACACUUUCUAGUAGGCUUAAAUUGAAGAUGUGGCAAUAUCGUCCGCAAUUAUCCUCAGUAAUUUUCCAUCCAAGUUGUCAGACCCUGGUGGCUUGUAAUUGUUGAUAGACAACAAUCAUUUUUUUCACAUCUUCCACACUCACUUUAGGGAAUUCAAAAUUACAAUGCUUGUCUUUCAUAAUUUGGUCAGAUAUACUUGGAUAUGUAGCGUCAGUGUUUGUUGCUGGCAUGUCAUGCCUAAAUUUGCUAAUCUUGCAAAUUAAAAAAUCAUUAAAGUAGUUGGCAAUAUCAGUGGGUUUUGUGAUGGAUGAGCCAUCUGAUUCAAUGAAUGAUGGAGCAGAGUUUGCCUUUUUGCCCAACAUUUCAUUUAAGGUGCUCCAAAGCUUUUUACUAUCAUUCUUUAUGUAAUUUAUCUUUGUUUCAUAGUGUAGUUUCUUCUUCUUUUUAUUCAGUUUAGUUACAUGAUUUUUCAAUUUGCAAUACUUUUGCCAAUCGGUUGUGCAGCCAGACUUAUUUGUCAUUCCUUUUGCCUCAUCCCUCAAUCCACUGGGAUUUAACAGUUUUUACAGUCAUUUUCUUAAUGGGUUCAUGCUUAUUAGUAACUGGGAUAAGCAAUUUCAUAAAUGUGUCAAGUGCAGUGUCUGUUUGCUCCUCAUUACACACCACGGACCAACACAUAUUCUUUACAUCAACAGCAUAUGAAUCACUACAAAACUUAUUGUUGUCUUAUUGUAUGACCUCUUAUACACUAUAUUAGGCCCAGCAUUUGGAACUUUGGUUUUCCUAGAUAUGGCUACUAUAUUGUGAUCACUACAUCCGAUGGAUUUGGAAACUGCUUUCAAGCUAAUUUCUGUAGCAUUAGUAAAGAUGUGAUCAAAACAUGUUGAUGAUUUAAUUCCUGUACUGUUUGUAACUACCCUGGUAGGUUGACUGAUAACCUGAACCAGGUUUCAGGCACUGGUUACAGUUUGAAGCUUUCUCUUGAGUGGGCAGCUUGAUGAAAGCCAGUCAAUAUUUAAAUCACCCAGAAAGUAUACUUCUCUGUUGAUAUCACAUACAUUAUCAAGCAUUUCACACAUGUUAUCCAGAUACUGACUGUUAGCACUUGGUGGUCUAUAGCAGCUUCCCACCAGAAUUGGCUUUAGGUAAGGCAGAUGAACCUGUAGCCAUAUCACUUCAACAGUAUUUAACAUGAGAUCCUCUCUAAGCUUUACAGGAAUGUGGUUCUGAAUAUAAACAGCAACACCUCCACCGUUGGCAUUUCUGUUUUUCUGUAAAUGUUAUAACCAAUGGGGAUCCAUAAUAAAUACAAAUACACACACACACACACCUUAGCUGUGUUUCUGGAAGGAAACCUGCACUGUAAUGGAGAAAGAUAACAGGUGAAUGAAGGAAUGACAUCACUUCCCCUUCCCUUUAUUGUGUUCUUCUUUCCUUUCUUCCAGCCAAGGACCUCUCUCCUCCAUCAGGGCCGCCAUUAAGAGGAGUGAGUCUGCAGCCCUCUCUUUUUACCACUCCUUUAUUACUCUACGGAACAAGUGAUGACUUGGCAGUCCUGUCAUUUUUGUGUCUGUGCUACAAAUGGCCACCACUGUGAUGUUUCGGUUGCUGUUGCCUGUAUAUAGGAACUGCUCCGGGGUGAAGUGUCCCAUAGGUACAGGUCCAGGAUCAGCUUCCCCUCACCCAAGCAUAACCUUAACCAUUAGUGGGGGAAAAUGCAAAACUGACCUAAGAUCAUUGUGUAGGCUAGGGGAACUGUUGCUAGUGCUGUAAAGUAAUCUUCCCUGGUGUUAGUAGCACUCUUGCCGCUUUCAAGACAACUGGGAACUCUGAAAAAACACGAGGUCAAAUCAUGACGUCAGUGCUCUUCAGGUCGGAAAGUCAGAGCUCUAGAAAGAGGCCUGAGUUCCCGAGUUGGAAUUCCGAGUUGGAUGACUCUUCAAAACGAUUUUUGCCAGUUGGAUCUGUUUUUUUUUCUGAGUUCCCAGUUGUCUUGAACGCGCUGAAUUCGGAAGUCUGAGAUUUCCCAGUUCCCAGUUGUUUUGAACACGGCAUUAUGACUAGGCCAUUUUAUGUUAUGAGCUUGAUAAUGAGUGUGAUGGUUAAAUUGGAUCUUGUUAUGAGCUUGAUAAUGAGUGUGAUGGUUAAAUUAGAUAUUGUUAUGAGCUUUAUAAUGAGUGUGAUGGUUAAAUUAGAUAUUGUUAUGAGCUUUAUAAUGAGUGUGAUGGUUAAAUUAGAUAUUGUUAUGAGCUUUAUAAUGAGUGUGAUGGUUAGAUUUCCCCUCUUGACCAGGUGUCCCUUGUGAAAGAGGUUUUCAGACCUCAAUAGUACUUCCUGGUUAAAUCAGAAUAAAUAAAAACUGUGUUUUUCUGUCUCAGCGUCACCUAGAUCCACUUCCCUGAGCGAGAGCAACCCCAGAGACAGGAGGUAAGAUUCACAGCUGAGUUUAGUGAUGCAUUUCACAGACACAGAUCAGUUACAUCAAAAUUUUAGCUUUCUGGCGUUUACAUCAUGAUAAAUUGAGCUUUGAUUACAUGCCUCUGGCCUGUGGCAUAUCUCUGGCCUUUGGCAUACUGAUGUCCUGUGGCAUACCUCUGGCCUGUGGCAUACUGAUGUCCUGUGGCAUACUGAUGUCCUGUGGCAUACCUCUGGCCUGUGGCAUACCUCUGGCCUGUGGCAUACUGAUGUCCUGUGGCAUACCUCUGGCCUGUGGCAUACUGAUGUCCUGUGGCAUACCUCUGGCCUGUGGCAUACUGAUGUCCUUUGGCAUACUGAUGUCCUCUCUAUGUUAUUAUAGGCGUCCAGAGAUCACCAUCCUAUCAGCUGAGCCGCUGGCGUCCAACACCUGGUUCCCCGGGGCUUCUGGGGGAUUCCCUCCGCCCCCUCCUCCUGCUGCUAUGAUCUGGGGCAGCAGUAUACCUCCUACUAUACAGGUAACUAACCCUCCUCUUCCUCCUCCUCCUCUUCCUCCUCCUCCUCCUCCUCCUCCUCCCACCAUUAUGAUCUGGGGCAGCAGGAAUACCUCCUACUAUACAGGUAACUGAACCCUUGACCCUCUUCCUCCCUUCCUCCUCCUAAUCCUCCUCUUCCCUCCUACCUCCCUCCUCCACUCCUCCUCCUCCUCCUUCCUCCUCCCGCCCAUUAUGGAUCUGGGGCAGCAGUAUAACCUCCUACUAUACAGGUAACUAACCCUCCUCUUCCGCCUCCUCCUCCUCCUCCUCCUCCUCCUCCCUCCUCCUUCCGCCUCCUCCUCCCACCAACUACGAUGCUGGGUCAGCAGUAUACCUCCUACUAUACAGGUAACUAACCCCCUCACGCUUACCUCCUCCCUCCUCCUACCUCCUGCUCCUCCUCCCCACCAUUAUGAUCAUGGGGGCAAAGCAGUAUACAUCCUACUAAACAGGUUAACUGACCCUCCUCUUCCUCCUCCUCCUCCUCCUCCGCCGCCACCACUAACGAUUCUGGGGCAGCAGUAGACCUCCUACUAAGAGGUAACUCACCCGCCUCUUCCUCCUCCUCCUCCUCCGCCUCCUCCUCCAUCCCACCAAUUAAUGAUUCUGGGGCGAGCAGUAUACCUCCUUACAUAACCAGGUAACUAACCCCCUUCCUCUCCUCCCUCCUCUUCCAAAGGUAACUAAACAAACGAGCGAGAAGCGGGCAAGAGCAAGACAGAAGAGACCAUUCCAACCAGUAUGAUCGGGGGGCAGAAGUUACCUCCUAAAUACAGGUAACUGACCUCCUCUUGCAUCCUACCCUCCUCCUCCUCACUCCCACCACUACGAUCUGGGUCGGCGGCAGCGUUUAACCGCACUAAUAUGAGGUUAAACUAACCCUCCUCUUCAUCCCUAAUACUCCUCCUCCUCCUCAUCAUAACGAAACCAAAACUCGCGCCAAAUUAGGAUAGGGCGGAAGCGGGAAGCCAAAAGCAGUGUACGAAUGCAGAAGAUAAAGGUAACUAACACCGCCGUGCCUCCGCCUCACACAGAAGGAGGAGAAAAUAGGAAUAAGAGAAGAACAAACCACUAGGAUCGGGGGCAGCAGCAGGGAGAACGCCAAGAGACCAGGUAAAACGACGUCCGCCGCUCCUCCUCCGCCGCCGCACGGCAUCCUCCUACUCCCUACCAAUAUGAUUCUGGGGGCAGCAGCAUAGUAUAACCAGCAGUAUGCAGUAGAACGCCCAAACGAACAGGGGAAGAAACCAGACGGGAAUGCCAGACCGAAGUAAGAAAGACGACGAAACGGACGAGGCAGAAGAGAGGAAGAAGACCGAAGGCCCACACAAUAUGAAUAGGGGGAAGCAGGAUACCUCCAACUAUACAGGGAACUAACCGUCCUCUUCCUCCUCCUCCUCCUCCUCCUCCUCCUCCCCCUCCUCUUCCUCCUCCUCUUCCUCCUCCUCCUCCCACCACUAUGAUCUGGGGCAGCAGUAUACCUCCAACUAUACAGGUAACUAACCCUCCUCUUCCUCCUCCCCCUCCUACUAUCAGGUAACUAACCCUCCCUCUUCCUCCCCUCCUCCUCCUCCCACCAUUAUGAUCUGGGGCAGAUCUACAUAUACACUCCUACUAUACAGGUAACUGACCCUCCUCUUCCUCCUCCUCCUCCUCCUCCUCCUCCCACCAUUAUGAUCUGGGGCAGCAGUAUACCUCCCACUAUACAGGUAACUGACCCUCCUCUUCCUCCUCCUCCUCUUCCUCCUCCUCCUCCUCCCACCACUACGAUCUGGGGCAGCAGUAUACCUCCUACUAUACAGGUAACUAACCCUCCUCUUCCUCCUCCUCCUCCUCCUCCCCCUCCUCCCACCAUUAUGAUCUGGGGCAGCAGUAUACCUCCAACUAUACAGGUAACUAACCCUCCUCUUCCUCCUCCUCCCACCAUUAUGAUCUGGGGCAGCAGUAUACCUCCCACUAUACAGGUAACUAACCCUCCUCUUCCUCCUCCUCCUCUUCCUCCUCCUCCUCCCACCAUUAUGAUCUGGGGCAGCAGUAUACCUCCUACUAUACAGGUAACUAACCCUCCUCUUCCUCCUCCUCCUCCUCCUCCUCCCACCAUUAUGAUCUGGGGCAGCAGUAUACCUCCUACUAUAGAGUAAUAUACCCGACAGAAAGAAUGGCGUGGACGACAAUUGAAUCUUCUUUAAUAUGAUGAUGGACACCCACAUCUUCUUUAAUAUGAUGAUGGACACCCACAUCUUCUUUAAUAUGAUGAUGGACACCCACAUCUUCUUUAAUAUGAUGAUGGACACCCAUAUCUUCUUUAAUAUGACGAUGGACACCCACAUCUUCUUUAAUAAGAUGAUGGACACCCACAUCUUCUUUAAUAUGAUGAUGGACACCCACAUCUUCUUUAAUAUGAUGAUGGACACCCACAUCUUCUUUAAUAUGAUGAUGGACACCCACAUCUUCUUUAAUAUGAUGAUGGACACCCACAUCUUCUUUAAUAUGAUGAUGGACACCCACAUCUUCUUUAAUAUGAUGAUGGACACCCAUAUCUUCUUUAAUAUGAUGAUGGACACCCACGUCAUCUUUAAUAUGAUGAUGGACACCCACAUCUUCUUUAAUAUGAUGAUGGACACCCACAUCUUCUUUAAUAUGAUGAUGGACACCCACGUCAUCAUGACUGUUGUAAGUAACAGCAAACUUUCCAGGACAUAGACAUGUCUUAUAUGGGCAGAAAGCUUAUAUUCUUGUUAAUCUAACCACACUGUCCAAUUUACAGUAGCUAUUACAGUGAAAAAAUACCAUGCUAUUGUUUGAGGAGAGUGCACAACAACAAAAAACUUAUCAUGGCAACUGGUUUGAUACGUUCACUUCUGAAGAUAAAUAAUAUACUUACAUUCAGUAAUCUUGCUCUGAUUUUUCAUCCUAAGGGUCCCAGAGAUAAAAUGUAGCAUAGUUUUGUUUGAUAAAAUCCAUUUUUAUAUUCAAAUGUAGGAACUGGGUUCUACAGUUUGAACCCCUGCUGUCUCUUGCUCCACACCCACCCCGCCCGGUCAUCUAGAUGUGUGAAAGUUAGUGUAUAAGCUAAGGAUCCAUCAUGUAUGACAUUCCUGGGAGUGUGUAAACUUACAUUUUGUAUUACCGAAUCAUUUUUGUAUGUUCUCUAUAGUUAUGUACUUGAAAAUGUAUCAAUUGAUCAAUUCGGCACAUUUGGGCAGACUUGAUACAAAAUAGUCCAGUAUUGCAGUGCUUCACUGGAUCAAUCUGAAACUUUGCACACACACUGCUGCCAUCUAGUGACCAAAAUCCAAAUUGCACCUAAACUGCAAUAUUAUAUUGUGGCCUUUCUCUUGCAUUUCAAAUAUAUAGAAAUGCAUGUUUUUUUGUUUGUAUUAUCUUUUACCAGAUCUAAUGUGUUAUAUUCUCCUACAUUAAUUUUACAUUUCCACAAACUUCAAAGUGUUUCCUUUCAAAUGGUAUCAAGAAUAUGCAUAUCCUUGCUUCGGGUCCUGUUAGAUUUGGGUAUGUAAUUUUAGGCAAAAAUUGGAAAAAAGGAUAAUGGACACCCACGUCAUCUAAUUUAAUAUUAUGGACACCUGUUGUGGACAUUUUAGUACUGAGAGAGACAUAGACAACUAUUCAAGCAAUCAUCUUUAUUUAACAUUGAUGAAUUAUUGCAAUAAUGAAGCCGUCGACCGCACACUCUGAAUCUGUGUUUUGCCGAGAGCUUAACUAAUAAUGAAAAAACAGAGAUAUUUUAUAGGAGACCUCAAAAUGCUUAGUCAAGGCUGGUUCCACCCCUCCCAUGCAGAUUGGGGGCACCAUAAGACACUUUGGGUUCAUCUCCUGGUCGUCUGUCUCUGGCGUUAUUUUAAACCCCACCUCGUCUUAGUUUCCCAGAUGCCAGGAUAAUUAGGAAUACUGAGGACCAGAUGCCAGGAUAAUCAGGAAUACUGAGGCCUGUGUUCUGCUCCUCCAGGCUAUCUCUAUCUGGUUAAACAUACACCACAUCUUGUCUAUGGAAUGCAGGCUGUAAAUCAGCUCAAGCUAUCUCUAGUGACCAUACGCCCAGAUUAGCUGCAGGGAGUUAAGAGUGGAGACCAUGAAACACAGCCUUAGUAGAACAGACAUGUCUUACUGUUUGUUAAGUAAAUCAUUGUUAAAUAUCCAACAAAUGAGGUAAAAUGUGAUUUUUCUGUCACACACCCACACGUCUUCUUUAAAAUGAUGGACACCCACGUCAUCUUCUUUUAAUAUGAUGAUGGACACCCACGUCAUUGUCUUUAAUAUGAUGAUGGACACCCACGUCAUCUUCUUUGAUAUGAUGAUGGACACCCACGUCAUUUUCUUUAAUAUGACGAUGGACACCCACGUCAUCUUCUUUAAUAUGAUGAUGGACACCCACGUCAUCAUCUUUAAUAUGAUGAUGGACACCCACGUCAUCUUCUUUAAUAUGACGAUGGACACCCACAUCUUCUUUAAUAUGAUGAUGGACACCCACGUCAUCUUCUUUAAUAUGAUGAUGGACACCCACGUCAUCUUCUUUAAUAUGAUGAUGGACACCCACGUCAUCAUCUUUGAUAUGAUGAUGGACACCCACGUCAUCUUCUUUAAUAUGAUGAUGGACACCCACGUCAUCUUCUUUAAUAUGAUGAUGGACACCCACGUCAUCUUCUUUAAUAUGAUGAUGGACACCCACGUCAUCUAAUUUAAUAUUAUGGACACCUGUUGUGGACAUUUUAGUACUGAGAGAGACAUAGACAACUAUUCAAGCAAUCAUCUUUAUUUAACAUUGAUGAAUUAUUGCAAUAAUGAAGCCGUCGACCGCACACUCUGAAUCUGUGUUGCCGAGAGCUUAACUAAUAAUGAAAAAACAGAGAUCUUUUAUAGGAGACCUAAAAAUGCUUAGUCAAGGCUGGUUCCACCCCUUCCAUGUAGAUUGGGGGCACCAUAAGACACUUUGGGUUCAUCUCCUGGUCAUCUGUCUCUGGUGUUAUUUUAAACCCCACCUCGUCUUAGUUUCCCAGAUGCCAGGAUAAUUAGGAAUACUGAGGACCAGAUGCCAGGAUAAUCAGGAAUACUGAGGCCUGUGUUCUGCUCCUCCAGGCUAUCUCUAUCUGGUUAAACAUACACCACAUCUUGUCUAUGGAAUGCAGGCUGUAAAUCAGCUCAAGCUAUCUCUAGUGACCAUACGCCCAGAUUAGCUGCAGGGAGUUAGAGUGGGGACCAUGAAACACAGCCUUAGUAGAACAGACAUGUUUUACUGUUUGUUAAGUAAAUCACUGUUAAAUAUCCAACAAAUGAGGUAAAAUGUGAUUUUUCUGUCACACACCCACACGUCUUCUUUAAAAUGAUGGACACCCACGUCAUCUUCUUUUAAUAUGAUGAUGGACACCCACGUCAUUUUCUUUAAUAUGAUGAUGGACACCCACGUCAUCUUCUUUGAUAUGAUGAUGGACACCCACGUCAUUUUCUUUAAUAUGACGAUGGACACCCACGUCAUCUUCUUUGAUAUGAUGAUGGACACCCACGUCAUCUUCUUUAAUAUGAUGAUGGACACCCACGUCAUCUUCUUUGAUAUAAAUAAAAUAAUAAAAAUAAAUAAUAAUAUGCCAUUUAGCAGACGCUUUUAUCCAAAGCGACUUACAGUCAUGCGUGCAUACAUUUUUUUUGUGUAUGGGUGGUCCCGGGGAUCGAACCCACUACCUUGGCGUUACAAGCGCCGUGCUCUACCAGCUGAGCUACAGAGGACCCACGUCAUCUUCUUUGAUAUGAUGAUGGACACCCACGUCAUCUUCUUUGAUAUGAUGAUGGACACCCACGUCAUCUUCUUUGAUAUGAUGAUGGACACCCACGCCAUCUUCUUUAAUAUGAUGAUGGACACCCACGUCAUCUUCUUUAAUAUGAUGAUGGACACCCACGUCAUCUUCUUUGAUAUGAUGAUGGACACCCACGUCAUCUUCUUUAAUAUGAUGAUGGACACCCACGUCAUCAUCUAUAAUACGACGAUGGACACCCACGUCAUUUUCUUUAAUAUGAUGAUGGACACCCACGUCAUCUUCUUUAAUAUGAACAUGGAAUCCCACGUCAUUUUCUUUAAUAUGAUGAUGGACACCCACGUCAUUUUCUUUAAUAUGAUGAUGGACACCCACGUCAUCUUCUUUAACAUGAUGAUGGACACCCACGUCAUCUUCUUUAACAUGAUGAUGGACACCCACGUCAUCUUCUUUGAUAUGAUGAUGGACACCCACGUCAUCUUCUUUGAUAUGACGAUGGACACCCACGUCAUCUUCUUUAAUAUGACGAUGGACACCCACGCCAUCUUCAUUAAUAUGAUGAUGGACACCCACGCCAUCUUCUUUGAUAUGAUGAUGGACCCCCACGCCAUCUUCAUUAAUAUGAUAAUGUAGCCAUGAGAACACUCAGGAUGAUAAUGACCAGUAUUAUAAACACAUCGAUUUAGGGGGAGGUCCUUGAGAGUUCCUCCUUUGAUUCUAACACAAGACUGCUACAUGAUUGGUUAAUAUAGAACGGUGGGUAGGCUGUAUGUUAAAAUAUAAAUGACGUUUGUACAUGGACAGGAGAAGAUGAAUCAUGUCUGGAAAACCAUGGGAUUUGUCUAAAUAAGACAAACUAGUUUUCAGCUGCUUGAUAAGGAACAAUGGAGUAUCGUAAAUGAUCUUCAAAACAAGUCUGUAGGCUCUGGAAAAUAUAUGUGAAGAGAUGCAUUCUCUGAGAACCACGAGUGUAAGCAAAUUUGCAUAUCAGUCAUCUGUCAUCACGUUUAUAUUGCUUUCUGCCUAUUUCAGCAAAUCUGCUCUUCUGUCUCCGCAUGUUGCUUUUGUUAGUAUGUGUUAUAGUAGUACUAUACUGAUUUAUUGAAGUUUAAACUAGGAUAUGUUGUUAAGACCUCAUCAGCCUGGUUAUGAGUUAUCAUAGGUCAUAGGUCAUUAGUUAUCCAAUUAAUAUAGGUCAUAGGUCAUUAGUUAUCCAAUUAAUAUAGUUCAUAGGUCAUUAGUUAUCCAAUUAAUAUAGGUCAUAGUCAUUAGUUAUCCAAUUAAUAUAGGUCAUAGUCAUUAGUUAUCCAAUUAAUAUAGGUCAUAGUCAUUAGUUAUCCAAUUAAUAUAGGUCAUAGUCAUUAGUUAUCCAAUUAAUAUAGGUCAUAGGUCAUUAGUUAUCCAAUUAAUAUAGGUCAUAGUCAUUAGUUAUCCAAUUAAUAUAGGUCAUAGUCAUUAGUUAUCCAAUUAAUAUAGGUCAUAGGUCAUUAGUUAUCCAAUUAAUAUAGGUCAUAGGUCAUUAGUUAUCCAAUAAUAUAGGUCAUGUCAUUAGUUAUCCAAUUAUAUAGGUAUGGCUAUUAUCCAAUUAAAUAGGUCAUAGGAAGUUACAAAAUAGAGGUCAAGUAAGGUCAAGUAUAAUUUGAUGAAUAUUUCACCGCUCAGAAUCAGUUCCAACCCCUCCUCCCCCCUCGAAGUGCCGCGCACGCAAAGGAAAUAUAAACGAAACCGAAGCGCAAAAACCGUCCGAUCAAGCACGCACGAAGCCGCACAAAGACGUAACCCCCACUCAGUCCAGCGUCACCAUCCCAGGACCACUCCUCAGCAACCUUCCUCCCGUCUCAGCAGAGACACCUCCUCCUCCGUACUUCCUCCAUCCCACUCCUCUACCCUCAAUCCAUCCUCCAUACCACUUCCGCCCAUCCUUCCCUCCUUCCCCCCUCCUUCCCUCCUUCCUCCCUCCUUCCCUCCUUCCCCCCUCCUUCCCUCCUUCCCUCCUUCCCUCCAGCCCCCUCCUUCUUAUGACGAGGUGAUUAGAGAGAAGAGUCAGGUCCAGGUCCAGGUGUUGCCUCCCUCCUCCUCCACCUCUUCCUCCUCCCCCCGACGCUCUGUCUCCACAACUACCAUCGCCACGCAGACCGACGCCGGACUAGAAUUCUCAGCAGCGGCCCACGGCCACGCCCCCAACCAGAGACGCUCUGUGGGUAAGAGAGGGGCGAGGAGAGAGCAGUGGGGGCUGCUGAGGGGAGGACGGCUCAUAGUAAUGUCUGGAACGGAGCGAAUGGAAUGACAUGGAAAACCAUGUGUUUGAUGUAUCUGAUACCAUUCCACUGAUUCCACUCCAGCCAUUACCACGAGCCCGCCCUCCCCAAAUGAAGGUGACACCAGCCUCCUGUGGGAGAGAGGGGUUGUUUAGGGUGAGGAAUUGUACAUUAGGAAAGUGUGAGGUAUAAAAUGUGACAGUGCUGCUUUUGGUUUUAAUGCUGUGCUGCUCUGUUCCAAGACACGUUAGCUGAAAGGGACACAAUAAAGAAUGGUUAUUAUUAGAAUUAUUAGUAUUAUUAGAUAAUGUGUGAAUAUAAUGUGUUUGUAGCCAGGAGACCUCCCGUUAAAGCCAAACCUUCGCACGCUGAUGACACGACGGGUGCUGCUACUGUUGACCCACUCAUCUUCCUAGAAGACAGUCCAGCACUACACACACACACUCACACCGUCGAGACCAGACCAACAGUGUUUCACUAUGAAAUCUUGACCUCUGAUCCUUUCUCACCUCUGACCUCUGCCUCUGGCAGCCAGACCGACCAAUGGGGGCAGUCCUCCUUCGUCCUGCCUCCUCAUUCCACUAUUGUCUUGACGACGCCCUCCGACCCUCCUCUGCCCCAUAACCAGCCCAGGCCACGUCCUCGCACAAAGAAUAGCCUUCGACCAAUCAGGAGAGAGGUCAAAGUUCAGACCCUGGUGAGGCUGGGACAGACAGGAACUGAGGUCACAGAGAACCAAGAAGUGAGUCAUCAGGGGGGAAAGUACCUUCAGGAGCUCCUAGACGCCUUCAGCUCCGACGAUUGGGGCUUCCCUGAUCACCAUAGCAACGACAAAGUAGAGAGCGACUUGAGAGCAGAAGAAGAGGAGGAGGAGGAGGAGGAGGAGGAGGAGGAAGAUAUGAGAGCCAGGAUACAAGAGGACCAUGGUAACCAUGCAGACAGUGACCAAGGAGAUGGAGCUUUUCUAGGGGGUGGGAGACCUGAACCCCGCCCCCGAAUCCAAGCACCCCCCAAACCGGCCCCGCCCGUCACCCCGAAACCCUCCCUCGCUGCCAAGACCUCCCGCAAAGGAUUAUGGGAAGAUGGAGGCUCGAUGGCGAUAGACGUGAACUUGACUGUUGAUACGGUUACCACCUCCCAAUCCACACCCCCUCUCCCCUCUCCCAAACCUACCGAGGCCCCCUCAAGUACCCCUGCCCUUAGUCCUGUCCCUGUUACAAGUCCUAGUACCCCUGUCCCCGCACCCCGACCCCUGCUCCCUGGAAAGCCCCCCUCUGAACCCCAAAGACCAAACCCCCAGGUGGGGCAGACAGAGGGGGCCCCCCCAAGACCUCCAGUAGCACCCAGGACCAACGGGGCCGUAGUACCCCAGGAGGGAAGCACUGUGGUCGGCCAGCCAACACCAGCGUUACCCCCUAAACCCUCCAUAGACCUCCACAGCACCAACACUAGACCAAGUGUUCGUCAGAAGUCCACUGCCGUGUCAUCAUCCCGUAGAGCGAGUGGUAAGUAUGUGUGUAGUGUGUAGUGUGUGUGUGUGUGUAGUGUGUAGUGUGUAGUGUGCAGUGUGCAGUGUGCAGUGUAUUAAGCACUAAGCUUAAUGGCUCAUGGCUGCAGUACAAUGAAGGCAGUUAAGGCAGCCAUAGGCCGUGUUCACGUGCGAGUCGCAACUCUGAAAUUUCCGACUUGCUAACUGGGUGUAGUUAUACAGUGCAGUGUUCAUCCAGUUAGCUAGGGAGGAAUUUUCGGAGUUUCCUAGUUCCGACUAGCACGUGAACGCGGUUUUAGAAUAGGCCUUAGUCAGGAGUUAGUCACAUGAUAAUCCCGGGUUCUCAUGCCUUAUUGCUUUUAGAAAAGGUUUGCCAACAUAUUAAAAAAAGAUGAAUGACAUGUUUUCAUUAAUUCGAUUUUAAUGAGUAAAUGUAUUUUAUUUUACCCUUCCACCAGACAAUAUAGUCCGGGGAAAAGACAGUUGUUAGUUCUGAGAUUCAGAAGUUGCUAACCAAACAGGCUAGUCCUUCAUUCUAUUUGCAACGGUUGCUAUGCUAAACAAAUCACUGGCAUGUUGCUAUGCAGGCUAGCUCCUUCUCCUCUGCUAGCUAGCCAACUAAAGCUAACACACAAUCACAUCAAGCAGCUGAAAGGACAGCAAACUAUGUGCACUUUCAUUUGUUUUACCUUUGUUUCUGUUGCCAUUUCUUUGGAUAUAUCCGUUUUAUAAUGAUCCUGAUAAAUGAAUUCAACCUGGCUCAGAGAAGCUGUCAGUCUCCUCACGUUGAUAUGCGUGGCACAGUGUAGACCGUCUGCCUCGCCACAGGUCGGCGAGGCAGACGGCUUUGGUUUAUACAAACCUCAUCUGUUCAAACCAAAUGCCAGGGGAAAUAAUAUGUAGAGACAUGUUUUGCAGGGGAGAAUAAUUGGCUGCUGUGGGACAGUGGAUAAGCAUUGAUCCAUCUAAUGGAACUGUUAACAGGCAUUACAUGGAGAAUGCAGGGAUUAUUUAUUAUUACUGUUCCUGAUAAUACCGUCUACCACACAUACAGAUGAAGUCUGAAGUUUACAUACACCUUAGCCAAAUACAUUUAAACUACGUUUUUCCACAAUUCCUGACAUUUUAAUCCUAGUAAAAAUUCCCUGUCUUAGGUCAGUUAGGAUCACCACUUUAUUUUAAGAAUGUGAAAUGUCAGAAUAAUAGUAGAGAGAAUGAUUUAUUUCAGCUUUUAUUUCUUUCGUCACAUUCCCAGACAUUUUCUAUAGGAUUGAGGUCAGGGCUUUGUGAUGGCCACUCCAAUACCUUGACUUUGUUGUCCUUAAGCCAUUUUGCCACAACUUUGGAAGUAUGCUUGGGGUCAUUGUCCAUUUGGAAGAUCCAUUUGCAACCAAGCUUUAACUUCCUGACUGAUGUCUUGAGAUGUUGCUUCAAUAUAUCCACAUAAUUUUCCUUCCUCAUGAUGCCAUCUAUUUUGUGAAGUGCACCAGUCCCUCCUGCAGCAAAGCACCCCCACAGAAUGAUGCUGCCACCCCCGUGCUUCACGGUUGGGAUGGUGUUCUUCGGCUUGCAGGCAACCCACUUUUUCCUCCAAACAUAACGAUGGUCAUUAUGGCCAAACAGUUCUAUUUUUGUUUCAUCAGACCAGAGGACAUUUCUCCAAAAAGUACGAUCUUUGUCCCCAUGUGCAGUUGCAAACCGUAGUCUGGCUUUUUUAUGGCGGUUUUGGAGCAGUGGCUUCUUCCUUGCUGAGCGGCCUUUCAGGUUAUGUCGAUAUAGGACUCGUUUUACUGGGGAUAUGGAUACUUUUGUACCGGUUUCCUCCAGCAUCUUCACAAGGUCCUUUGCUGUUGUUCUGGGAUUGAUUUGCACUUUUCGCACCAAAGUACGUUCAUCUCUAGGAGACAGAACGCGUCUCAUUCCUGAGCGCUAUGACGGCUUCGUGAUCCCAUGGUGUUUAUACUUGCGUACUAUUGUUUGUACAGAUGAACGUGGUACCUUUAGGCGUUUGUAAAUUGCUCCCAAGGAUGAACCAGACUUGUGGAGGUCUACCAUUUUUUUUCUGAGGUCUUGGCUGAUUUCUUUUGAUUUUCCCAUGAUGUCAAGCAAAGAGGCACUGAGUUUGAAGGUAGGCCUUGAAAUACAUCCACAGGUACACCUCCAAUUGACUCAAAUGAUGUAAAUUAGCCUAUCAGAAGCUUCUAAAGCCAUGACUUGAAUUUUCCAAGCUGUUUAAAGGCACAGUCAACUUAGUGUAUGUAAACUUCUGACUCACUGGAAUUGUGAUACAGUGAAUUAUAAGUGAAAUAAUCUGUCUGUAAACAAUUGUUGGAAAAAUUACUUGUGUCAUGCACAAAGUAGAGGUCCUAACCGACUUGCCAAAACUAUAGUUUGUUAUCAAGAAAUUUGUGGAGUGGUUGAAAAACAAGUUUUAAUGACUCCAACCUAAGUGUAUGUAAACUUCUGACUUCAACUGUAUUAUAUAUACUACAGUGGGGAAAAAGUAUUUAGUCAGCCACCAAUUGUGCAAGUUCUCCCACUUAAAAAGAUGAGAGAGGCCUGUAAUUUUCAUCAUAGGUACACGUCAACUAUGACAGACAAAUUGAGAUUUUUUUUCUCCAGAAAAUCACAUUGUAGGAUUUUUAAUGAAUUUAUUUGCAAAUUAUGGUGGAAAAUAAGUAUUUGGUCACCUACAAACAAGCAAGAUUUCUGUCUCUCACAGACCUGUAACUUCUUCUUUAAGAGGCUCCUCUGUCCUCCACUCGUUACCUGUAUUAAUGGCACCUGUUUGAACUUGUUAUCAGUAUAAAAGACACCUGUCCACAACCUCAAACAAUCACACUCCAAACUCCACUAUGGCCAAGACCAAAGAGCUGUCAAAGGACACCAGAAACAAAAUUGUAGACCUGCACCAGGCUGGGAAGACUGAAUCUGCAAUAGGUAAGCAGCUUGGUUUGAAGAAAUCAACUGUGGGAGCAAUUAUUAGGAAAUGGAAGACAUACAAGACCACUGAUAAUCUCCCUCGAUCUGGGGCUCCACGCAAGAUCUCACCCCGUGGGGUCAAACUGAUCACAAGAACGGUGAGCAAAAAUCCCAGAACCACACGGGGGGACCUAGUGAAUGACCUGCAGAGAGCUGGGACCAAAGUAACAAAGCCUACCAUCAGUAACACACUACGCCGCCAGGGACUCAAAUCCUGCAGUGCCAGACGUGUCCCCCUGCUUAAGCCAGUACAUGUCCAGGCCCGUCUGAAGAUUGCUAGAGUGCAUUUGGAUGAUCCAGAAGAGGAUUGGGAGAAUAUCAUAUGGUCAGAUGAAACCAAAAUAGAACUUUUUGGUAAAAACUUAACUCGUCGUGUUUGGAGGACAAAGAAUGCUGAGUUGCAUCCAAAGAACACCAUACCUACUGUGAAGCAUGGGGGUGGAGACAUCAUGUUUGGGGCUGUUUUUCUGCAAAGGGACCAGGACGACUGAUCCGUGUUAAGGAAAGAAUGAAUGGGGCCAUGUAUCGUGAGAUUUUGAGUGAAAACCUCCUUCCAUCAGCAAGGGCAUUGAAGAUGAAACGUGGCUGGGUCUUUCAGCAUGACAAUGAUCCCAAACACACCGCCCGGGCAACGAAGGAGUGGCUUCGUAAGAAGCAUUUCAAGGUCCUGGAGUGGCCUAGCCAGUCUCCAGAUCUCAAUCCCAUAGAAAAUCUUUGGAGGGAGUUGAAAGUCCAUGUUGCCCAGCGACAGCCCCAAAACAUCACUGCUCUAGAGGAGAUCUGCAUGGAGGAAUGGGCCAAAAUACCAGCAACAGUGUGUGAAAACCUUGUGAAGACUUACAGAAAACGUUUGACCUGUGUCAUUGCCAACAAAGGGUAUAUAACAAAGUAUUGAGAAACUUUUGUUAUUGACCAAAUACUUAUUUUCCACCAUAAUUUGCAAAUAAAUUCAUAACAAAUCCUGCAAUGUGAUUUUCUGGAUUUUUCUUUCUCAUUUUGUCUGUCAUAGUUGACGUGUACCUAUGAUGAAAAUUACAGGCCUCUCUCAUCUUUUUAAGUGGGAGAACUUGCACAAGUGGUGGCUGACUAAAUACUUUUUUCCCCCACUGUAGUUUGUUCUUCUUUGUAGCAGAACACAUAUCCUUGAGCGGUUUAACAAAGAGGCUGUGUGUGUGUGAAUCACAAGUCUGUCUCAGCCUACCCCCUAACGGUUCCUCACAUUAAUCACAGCUUGUUAUGUUAAACAAUCUAUAUCAGUACAGCACAAACCUAUUAUGUUUAAUCAUUAAUGUAUUCUUUCUAAGCUAAGCAUCACAUCUAAUUAUAAGAAAAUAGAGCCCCACACUUGUGCUGUAGUAGUGUGACAACGUUAGCUAGCUUGUGUUGUAGUUGUGUGACAACGUUAGCUAGCUUGUGUUGUAGUUGUGUGACAACGUUAGCUAGCUUGUGUUGUAGUUGUGUGACAACGUUAGCUAGCUUGUGUUGUAGUUGUGUGACAACGUUAGCUAGCUUGUGUUGUAGUUGUGUGACACCGUUAGCUAGCUUGUGUUGUAGUUGUGUGACAACGUUAGCUAGCUUGUGUUGUAGUUGUGUGACAACGUUAGCUAGCUUGUGUUGUAGUUGUGUGACAACGUUAGCUAGCUUGUGUUGUAGUUGUGUGACAACGUUAGCUAGCUUGUGUUGUAGUUGUGUGACAACGUUAGCUAGCUUGUGUUGUAGUUGUGUGACAACGUUAGCUAGCUUGUGUUGUAGUUUGUGUGGACAACGUUAGCUAGCUUGUGUUGUAGUUGUGUGACAACGUUAGCUAGCUUGUGUUGUAGUUGUGUGACAACGUUAGCUAGCUUGUGUCGUAGUUGUGUGACAACGUUAGCUAGCUUGUGUCGUAGUAGUGUGACAACGUUAGCUAGCUUGUGUCGUAGUUGUGUGACAACGUUAGCUAGCUUGUGUUGUAGUUGUGUGACAACAUUAGCUAGCUUGUGUUGUAGUUGUGUGACAACGUUAGCUAGCUUGUGUUGCAGUAGUGUGACAAUUGCGACAGCGGCUGCAGCAGCUGUUAUAAACGUCAAGGUGGAUGUUGUGGCUAAUUUGAUAGCAUCACCCUUUUCAAGAUGAACUUUCAGACUUUGUUUACAAAUUAUCAUCAUCUGAUGAGUGGCAAUGUUUUUUGUAUGCAGCUCGCUUGCUGUUAGCUAUCUCUUCGAAAUAAUGACUAUGAAACACUGUUGCAUUUAAACUGUAGAUCACCGGUUAGUGUGAUGAACGUGAUAAAAUAUAUUUACAAUGGGAAGUAAUAGCUGGUUUGUUAAUUUCAUUUUGGAAAUUAAAUGGUUGUGCAUUUGUGUUGUUCUGAUUUCAUGGGGCCUAAUGGAGUGAAUGGGAUGCUUAUUCUGUAACAUUAUUGGAUGCUGUGUGCUGUCUGUCAGCUGUGUUUGACCACAACUGGCUGUCCUUCUUCGCUCUCCUUGAUGUAUUGGAAGAUUGUUGGUCCUGCUGAAGGUCCCUCCUUCAGCGCUCUCCUUGAUGUAUUGGAAGAUUGUUGGUCCUGCUGAAGGUCAUAGGUCACGCUACUGUCAUGGAGUUGUUUUCAUCCUCAAACAUGGGUUUUCUCUAUAUAUAGGAUUGUCAGAGAAAGUGCGAGCGUGCUAAUUUGUUACGCAACCCACCAUGUAAAGCAAAAAAUGCCAUGAUUGUGCGUAAACAUAACUACUAGUGUGUGUGUGUGUGUGUGUCAUUCAGUUUCCUGUGGGAACCUCAAGUUAUCUACAUAACUGUUACCUGUGACUGUAAUGGCAUGUACUAAAAGCAGACAUUUUCUCUCACUAACAGUGAGUGUUUAUUAACCCUCUCCUCUUCUCUCCAGUGCCCCUGCCUGCGUCCGGACUAGCUGUACCUGAGAACAGGAGACCCUUCUCUUCUCUCACAAGUGCCCUGCGCGUCCGCUAGCGUACGAAACAGGACCCUCCUUUCUCCAGUGCCUCUGCGUCGACAUAGCUGUACCGACAGAGACCCUCUGGCUAAACCUCCGCCAAACCCGUAGCUCCAUCCCCAGUACCCCUGCCCAGCCGUAGCUCCAUCCCCAGUACCCCUGACCCCAGCCGUAGCUCCAUCCCCAGUACCCCUGACCCCAGCCGUAGCUCCAUCCCCAGUACCCCUGACCCCAGCCGUAGCUCCAUCCCCAGUACCCCUGACCCCAGCCGUAGCUCCAUCCCCAGUACCCCUGACCCCAGCCGUAGCUCCAUCCCCAGUACCCCUGACCCCAGCCGUAGCUCCAUCCCUCAGUACCCCUGACCCCAGCCGUAGCUCCAUCCCAGUACCCCUGACCCCAGCCGUAGCUCCAUCCCUAGUACCCCUGACCCCAGCCGUAGCUCCAUCCCUAGUACCCCUGACCCCAGCCGUAGCUCCAUCCCAGUACCCCUGACCCCCAGCCGUAGCUCCAUCCCUAGUACCCCUGACCCCGCCGUAGCUCCAUCCCCAGUACCCCUGACCCCAGCCGUAGCUCCAUCCCUAGUACCCCUAACCCCAGCCGUAGCUCCAUCCCCAGUACCCCUGACCCCAGCCAGUAGCUCCAUCCCCAGUACCCCUGACCCCAGCCGUAGCUCCAUCCCUAGUACCCCUGACCCCAGCCGUAGCUCCAUCCCUAGUACCCCUUGACCCCAGCCGUAGCUCCAUCCCUAGUACCCCUGACCCCAGCCGUAGCUCCAUCCCCAGUACCCCUGACCCCAGCCGUAGCUCCAUCCCCAGUACCCCUGACCCCAGCCGUAGCUCCAUCCCUAGUACCCCUAACCCCAGCCGUAGCUCCAUCCCUAGUACCCCUAACCCCAGCCGUAGCUCCAUCCCUAGUACCCCUGACCCCAGCCGUAGCUCCAUCCCUAGUACCCCUAACCCCAGCCGUAGCUCCAUCCCCAGUACCCCUGACCCCAGCCGUAGCUCCAUCCCUAGUACCCCUAACCCCAGCCGUAGCUCCAUCCCUAGUACCCCUAACCCCAGCCGUAGCUCCAUCCCCAGUACCCCUGACCCAGCCGUAGCUCCAUCCUAGUACCCCUAACCCCAGCCGUAGCUCCAUCCCCAGUACCCCUGACCCCAGCCGUAGCUCCAUCCCCAGUACCCCUAGCCCCAGCCGUAGCUCCAUCCCCAGUACCCCUGACCCCAGCCGUAGCUCCAUCCCUAGUACCCCUGACCCCAGCCGUAGCUCCAUCCCCAGUACCCCUGACCCCAGCCGUAGCUCCAUCCCCAGUACCCCUGACCCCAGCCGUAGCUCCAUCCCUAGUACCCCUGACCCCAGCCGUAGCUCCAUCCCCAGUACCCCUGACCCCAGCCGUAGCUCCAUCCCAGUACCCCUGACCCCAGCCGUAGCUCCAUCCCUAGUACCCCUACCCCAGCCGUAGCUCCAUCCCCAGUACCCCUGACCCCAGCCGUAGCUCCAUCCCCAGUACCCCUACCCCAGCCGUAGCUCCAUCCCCAGGUCCCUGACCCCAGCGUAGCUCCAUCCCUCAGUACUCCUAGCCCACAUAGCUCAUCCCCAGUACCCUGACCAGCUGUAGCUCCAUCCUAGUCCUCCUACCAGCGUAGUCUAUCCAGUCCUGCCCCAGCGUAGCUCAUCCAGUAGCCCUGCCAGCGUGUCUCCAUCCUAGUACCUGACCCUAGCUGUAGCUCCUCCCAGUACCUGACCCCAGCCAGUAGCAUCAAUCCCAGUACCCGACCAUGCGUACUCCUCCUGACCUGGUACCCAGCGAGCUCAUCUCCCCCCCAGCCGUAGCCCAUCCCCAGUACCCCUGACCCCAGCCGUAGCUCCAUCCCCAGUGGGUCCUAGACCCCCAGUCUUACCCUCAGCUCCAGCCCAAAAGAAAACCCCACUGGUCUCCUCAGAGUGUGAGCCUCCUCUUCCUCCUCGGUAAGUGUGUAUGUGUGUGUGUGUGUGUGUGUGUGUGUGUGUCCUGGACUCCUGAUAGACUUAGCUUGUAACUGCUCUCCGGUAGAAACAUACAAUACUAAUAAAAUAGUUUAUACCACAGCAUUGUUGAAUACUCCUUUCUGAUUGGUUAGAAGGGCAUUCUAGAAUGGACAUUAAAACCAAAUAUUGGGACAGUUGGAAAAGAUAUCGGGACACCUUGCAAUCAUGACGCAAUAUAGAUGUUUUAUUGUUACAUACACCGGAUAGGUGCAGUGAAAUGUGUUGUUUUACAGGGUCAGCCAUAGUAGUACGGAGCAAAUUAGGGUUAAGUGCCUUGCUCAAGGGCACAUCGACAGAUUUUCCACCUUGUCGGCUUGGGUAUUUCAACCAGCGACCUUUCAGUUACGGGCCCAUCGCUCUAACUGCUAGGUACCUGCCACCCUAUAAUAUGCGCCUACACAUGCAGACCCUACUUGCUACAAAGUUACAGAAAGCUAAACCAACAACCACACAAACCGAAAUUUGACACAUUGUAAACGCAGGUCCAACGAAGGAAAACGUAGCUAGCUAGCAUUGAUUUGUUUUCUGGAGUAUCUGAUGACCUAAUGUGGUGAGUUAAGAACAGGAAUUUCUCCGGUCCCUAAGUGGUGCCAUGCUGUCAAAUCCUCCCACAUGACAUGUCUAGUUUGACCAGCUGGUUUCAGCAACUGAUGUUUUUGAAUUCGGUUGUCAUACAAACGAUUUAGCUAGCUUCUAGCCUAGUGUUUGAUAUUUACAUUUACAUUUUAGUCAUUUAGCAGACGCUCUUAUCCAAAGUGACUUACAGUUAGUGCAUACAUUUAUUUUAUUUUUUAUUAUUAAUUUUUAUUUUAUACUGGCCCCCCGUGGGAAUCGAACCCACAACCCUGGCGUUGCAAACGCCAUGCUCUACCAACUGAGCUACAACUGAGCGGUGUCCUCGUAAAGAACGGUGUUGAGCGUCCUGACGAGCAGGCACUAUGCCAGGCUACAUCGGGCAUCAUCAGCUCAUUGUUAUGGAUGUGGCCAAAUGAAUGUCAAUAGAAAACAGCUUAAACAAAUGCAAAUGCAGCUACUUUGCUGUUAUUCUGGCUGCAGAGGUCGUGACUGUGUUAGCCGUAGCUAGUUGGCUAGCAAGGGAUAAGAACACAUAGAACAACUGGGUGGUGUCCUUAAAUAUAGAACUAAUAGAAUGAACAACUGGGUGGUGUCCUUAAAUAUAGAACUAAUAGAAUGAACAACUGGGUGGUGUCCUUAAAUAUAGAACUAAUAGAAUGAACAACUGGAUGGUGUCCUUAAAUAUAGAACUAAUAGAAUGAACAACUGGGUGGUGUCCUUAAAUAUAGAACUAAUAGAAUGAACAACUGGGUGGUGUCCUUAAAUAUAGAACUAAUAGAAUGAACAACUGGGUGGUGUCCUUAAAUAUAGAACUAAUAGAAUGAACAACUGGGCCCUUAAAUAUAGAACUAAUAGAAUGAACAACUGGGUGGUGUCCUUAAAUAUAGAACUAAUAGAAUGAACAACUGGGUGGUGUCCUUAAAUAUAGAACUAAUAGAAUGAACAACUGGGUGGUGUCCUUAAAUAUAGAACUAAAAGAAUGAACAACUGGGUGGUGUCCUUAAAUAUAGAACUAAUAGAAUGAACAACUGGGUGGUGUCCUUAAAUAUAGAACUAAUAGAAUGAACAACUGGGUGGUGUCCUUAAAUAUAGAACUAAUAGAAUGAACAACUGGGUGGUGUCCUUAAAUAUAGAACUAAUAGAAUGAACAACUGGGUGGUGUCCUUAAAUAUAGAACUAAUAGAAUGAACAACUGGGUGGUGUCCUUAAAUAUAGAACUAAAAGAAUGAACAACUGGGUGGUGUCCUUAAAUAUAGAACUAAUAGAAUGAACAACUGGGUGGUGUCCUUAAAUUUAGAACUAAUAGAAUGAACAACUGGGUGGUGUCCUUAAAUAUAGAACUAAUAGAAUGAACAACUGGGUGGUGUCCUUAAAUAUAGAACUAAUAGAAUGAACAACUGGGUGGUGUCCUUAAAUAUAGAACUAAAAGAAUGAACAACUGGGUGGUGUCCUUAAUAUAGAACUAAUAGAAUGAACAACUGGGUGGUGUCCUUAAAUAUAGAACUAAUAGAAUGAACAACUGGGUGGUGUCCUUAAAUAUAGAACUAAAAGAAUGAACAACUGGGUGGUGUCCUUAAAUAUAGAACUAAUAGAAUGAACAACUGGGUGGUGUCCUUAAAUAUAGAACUAAUAGAAUGAACAACUGGGUGGUGUCCUUAAAUAUAGAACUAAUAGAAUGAACAACUGGGUGGUGUCCUUAAAUAUAGAACUAAUAGAAUGAACAACUGGGUGGUGUCCUUAAAUAUAGAACUAAUAGAAUGAACAACUGGGUGGUGUCCUUAAAUAUAGAACUAAUAGAAUGAACAACUGGGUGGUGUCCUUAAAUAUAGAACUAAUACAAUGAACAACUGGGUGGUGUCCUUAAAUAUAGAACUAAUAGAAUGAACAACUGGGUGGUGUCCUUAAAUAUAGAACUAAUAGAAUGAACAACUGGGUCCUUAAAUAUAGAACUAAUAGAAUGAACAACUGGGUGGUGUCCUUAAAUAUAGAACUAAAAGAAUGAACAACUGGGUGGUGUCCUUAAAUAUAGAACUAAAAGAAUGAACAACUGGGUGGUGUCCUUAAAUAUAGAACUAAUAGAAUGAACAACUGGGUGGUGUACUUAAAUAUAGAACUAAUGGCAUGAACAACUGGGUGGUGUCCUUAAAUAUAGAACUAAUAGAAUGAACAACUGGGUGGUGUCCUUAAAUAUAGAACUAAUAGAAUGAACAACUGGGUCCUUAAAUAUAGAACUAAUAGAAUGAACAACUGGGUCCUUAAAUAUAGAACUAAUAGAAUGAACAACUGGGUGGUGUCCUUAAAUAUAGAACUAAAAGAAUGAACAACUGGGUGGUGUCCUUAAAUAUAGAACUAAUAGAAUGAACAACUGGGUGGUGUCCUUAAAUAUAGAACUAAUAGAAUGAACAAUUGGGUGGUGUCCUUAAAUAUAGAACUAAUAGAAUGAACAACUGGGUGGUGUCCUUAAAUAUAGAACUAAUAGAAUGAACAACUGGGUGGUGUCCUUAAAUAUAGAACUAAUAAAUAUAAAUAAUAUAACUAAUUGAAUGAACGAUUAGCAUCCAAAAGAUGAGAAAGUAUGAAUUCUCUUCUAAAAUGAAAAAAUAUCAACGGCACAUUUUUAUUUCUACCGGUAAAUGUGUGUUUUAGUAUUGUUUUAUUUGGUAACUGUGGUAUCAGGAUAAACGCCGCCGUUCUGUACAUGAACUCCUCUGUAGUCCGCUGCAUCGUCCAUUAUUUCCAAGGUAAUGUACAGAACGGCGGCGUUUAUCCCUAACAUAAUAGCUAUGAACAUCUCUAUUUAUAUAUAUUCCAGACCCCACACACACUCUUACCCUCUCUCUCUCUCCCUCCUCUCCUCUCCUGCACACUCUCUCUGUGUGUGUCAGACCCCAGGGACUGUUUAAGAUGCUCCCUCUCCGACCCCCUCCCAUAAAGACUGUUAUUGGUCGACACCCACCUCUCCAGGCUGUCUCCACCUCCUCUACCACAUCAUCCAAUCAGCCACCCCCUCCCCAGGCUGUAGCCACCCCCUCUACCACAUCAGCCAAUCAGCCGCAGGGUCAGAGGGCACCAAAGAAAGGCCCCCCUCUACCCCUCCGACCCAAGCCUGGACACCCCCUGUACAAGAGUUACAUGGUAAACACAAACAUCUACUUUGGCUAUACACUGGCUUUACUAUAUACAGUGCAUUCGGAAAGUAUUCAGACCCCUUGACUUUUUCCACAUUUUGUUACGUUGCAGCCUUAUUCUAACAUGGAUGAAAUGGUUUUUUUCCCUCGUCAGUCUACACACAAUACCCCAAAAAUGACAAAGCAAAAACAGGUUUUUAGAAAUUCUAGCAAAUUUUUUACAAAUAAAAAACGGAAAUAUCACAUUUACAUAAGUAUUCAGACCCUUUACUCAGUACUUUGUUAAAGCAUCUUUAUCAGCGAUUAGAGCCCCGAGUCUUCUUGGGUAUGACGCUACAAGCUUGGCACACCUGAAUUUGGGGAGUUUCUCCCAUUCUUCUCUGCAGAUCCUCUCAAGCUCUGUCAGGUUGGAUGGGGAGCGUCGCUGCACAGCUAUUUUCAGGUCUCUCCAGAGAUGUUAGAUUGGGUUCAAGUCCAUGCUCUGGCUGGGCCACUCAAGGACAUUCAGAGACUUGUCCCGCAGCCACUCCUAUGUUGUCUUGGCUGUGUGCUUAGGGUCGUUGUCCUGUUGGAAGGUGAACCUUCUCCCCAGGUCCUGAGCGCUCUGGAGCAGGUUUUCAUCAAGGAUCUCUCUAAACUUUGCUCCGUUCAUCUUUCCCUCGAGCCUGACUAGUCUCCCAGUCCCUGCCGCUGAAAAACAUCCCCACAGUGUGAUGCUGCCACCACCGUGCUUCACCGUAGGGAUGGUGCCAGGUUUCCUCCAGACGUGACGCUUGGCAAUCAGGCCAAAGAGUUCAAUCUUGGUUUCAUCAGACCAGAGAAUCUUGUUUCUCAUGGUCUGAGACUCCUUUAGGUGCCUUUUGGCAAACUCCAAGCGGGCUGUCAUGUGCAUUUUACUGAGGAGUGGCUUCCGUCUGGCCACUCUACCAUAAAGGCCUGAUUGGUGGAGUGCUGCAGAGAUGGUUGUCCUUCUGGAAAGUUCUCCCAUCUCCACAGAGGAACUCUGGAGCUCUGUCAGAGUGACCAUCAGGUUCUUGGUCACCUCCCUGACCAAGGCCCUUCUCUCCCGAUUGCUCAGUUUGGCCGGGCGGCCAGCUCUAGGAAGAGUCUUGGUGGUUCCAAACUUCUUCCAUUUAAGAAUGAUGGAGGCCACUGUGUUCUUGGGGACCUUCAAUGCUGCAGACAUUUUUUUGUACCCUUCCCCAGAUCUGUGCCUCGACACAAUACUGUCUCGGAGCUCUACAGACAAUUCCUUCGACCUUAUGGCUUGGUUUUUCUGUCAACUGUGGGACCUUAUAAAGAAAGGUGUGUGCCUUUCCAAAUAAUGUCAAAUCAAUGGUAUUUACCACAGGUGGACUCCAAGUUGUAGAAACAUCUCAAGGAUGAUCAAUGGAAACAGGGUGCACCUGGGCUCAAUUUGAGUCUCAUAGCAAAGGGUCUGAAUACUUAUCUAAAUAAGGUGUUUCUGUUUUUUAUUUUUAAAACAUUAGCAAAAAUGUCUAAAAACCUGUUUCGCUUUGUCAUUAUGGGGUAUUGAUAAGGAUUUUUAUUUAUUUAAUCCAUUUUCAAAGUACAAAGUACAGAGAGAUCCUUGAUGAAAACCUGCUCCAGAGCACUCAGGACCUCAGACUGGGGUGAAGGUUCACCUUCCAACAGGACAACGACCCUAAGCACACAGCCAAGACAACGCAGGAGUGGCUUCGGGACAAGUCUCUGAAUGUCCUUGAGUGGCCCAGCCAGAGCCCGGACUUGACCCAGAUCGAACAUCUCUGUAGAGACCUGAAAAUAGCUGUGCAGCGACGCUCCCCAUCCAACCUAACAGAGCUUGAGAGGAUCUGCAGAGAAGAAUGGGAGAAACUCCCCAAAUACAGGUGUGCCAAGCUUGUAGCAUCAUAUCCAAGAAGACUUGAUUCUGUAAUCGCUGCCAAAGGUGCUUCAACAAAGUACUGAGUAAAGGGUCUGAAUACUUAUGUAAAUGUGAUAUUUCAGUUUUUAUUUGUAAUACAUUUGAGAAGUAAAAUCGAAAAACCUGUUUUUGUUUUGUCAUUAUGGGGUAUUGUGUGUAGAUUGAUGAGGGGAAAAAAACAACUUAAUCCAUUUUAGAAUAAGGCUGCAACGUAACAAAAUGUGGAAAAAGUCAAGGGGUCUGAAUACUAAAGUAAUAAUAUACUACUACUAUUCCCAAUGCACUGUGUGUAUAUGUCUGAACUGUUGAGCAUUUGGAGGAUGGAUUUGGGAGAGGGGAGGAUGGUAGGUAAUGAGGCUUUAACAUUAGUAUUGAGGAUGGUUGGUAAUGGGGCUUUAACAUUAGUGUUGAGAGGAGAGAGAUGGUAGGUAUGGGGCUUUAACAUUAGUUGUUGAGAGGAGAGAGGAUGGUAGGUAUGGGCUUUAACAUUAGUGUUGAGAGGAGAGAGGAUGGUAGGUAAUGGGGUUUUAACAUUAGUGUUGAGAGGAGAGAGGAUGGUAGGUAAUGGGGCUUUAACAUUGUGUUGAGAGGAUGGUAGGUAAUGGGGCUUUAACAUUAGUGUUGAGAGGAGAGAGGAUGGUAGGUAAUGGGGCUUUAACAUUAGUGUUGAGAGGAUGGUAGGUAAUGGGGCUUUAACAUUAGUGUUGAGAGGAGAGAGGAUGGUAGGUAAUGGGGCUUUAACAUUAGUGUUGAGAGGAGAGAGGAUGGUAGGUAAUGGGGCUUUAACAUUAGUGUUGAGAGGAGAGAGGAUGGUAGGUAAUGGGGCUUUAACAUUAGUGUUGAGAGGGGAGAGGAUGGUAGGGGAAUGGGGAGGGGCUUUAACAUUAGUGUUUGAGAGGAGAGAGGAUGGUAGGUUAAUGGGGCUGUAAAAUUUAGUGGGUGAGAGGAGAGGGAGAGAGGAUGGUAGGUAAUGGGGCUUUAACAUUAGGUUGAGAGAGAGAGGAUGGUAGGUAAUGGGGCUGGACAUUAGUGUUGAGAGGAGAGGGAUGGUAGGUAAAGGGGGCUUUAACAUUAGUGUUGAGAGGAGAGAGGAUGGUAGGUAAUUGGGCUUUAACAUUAGUGUUGAGAGGAUGGAGGAUCGAUGGUUAGGUAAUGGGCUUUAACAUUAGUGUUGAGAGGGGGGGAGGAGGAUGGUGAGGAUGGAGGAUAAUGGGGCUUUAACAUUAGUGUUGAGAGGGGGAGGAUGGUAGGUCAUGGGGCUUUAAAAUUAGUGUUGAGAGGAGGAGAGGGAGAGGAUGGUAGGUAAUGGGGCUUUUUAAAUUAGUGUUGAGAGGAGAGAGGAUGAGUAGGUAAGGGGCUUAACAUUAGUUGUUGAGAGGAGAGAGGAUGGUUAGGUACUGGGCUUUAACAUUGUGUAGAGGAGAGAGGAUGGGGAGGUAAUUGGGGCUCUUUAACAUUAUGUUGAGAGGAGAGAGGAUGGUAGGUAAUGGGCUUUAAACAUUAGUGUGAGAGGAUGGUAGGUAAUGGGGUUUUAACAUAGUGUUGAGAGGAUGGGAGGGUAAUGGGGCUUUAACAUGAGUGUUGAGAGGAUGGUAGGUAAUGGGAUGAAAAUUAGUGUGAGAGGGGAGGAUGGACGGUAAAUGGGCUUAACAUCGUGGUUGAGAGGAGAGAGGAUGGUUAUGUAAGGGGGCUUUAACAUUAGCUGUUGGAGGAGAUGAGGGAGGUAGGUAAUGGGGCUUUGGCUUUCUUUAACAUGGUUGAGAGGAUGGUGGUUCAUGGGGCUUAACAUUAGUGUUGAGAGGAGAGAGAGAUGGUAGGUAAUGGGGCUUUUUAACAUUAGUGUGGAGAGGGAAGAAGCGAGGAUGGUAGGUAAUGGGGCUUUAACAUGUGUUGAGAGGAGAGAGGAUGGUAGGUACUGGGGCGUUAACAUUGUGUUGAGAGGAGAGAGGUGGUAGGUAAUGGGUUUUUAACAUUCGUGUUGCGAGGAUGGUAGGUAGGGGUUUAACAUUAGGGUGAGAGGAGAGAGAUGGUAGAUAGGUAAUGGGGCUUUAACUUAGUGUUGAGAGGAGAGAGGAUGAGUAGGUAAUGGGGCUUUACAUUAGUGUUGAGAGGAGCGGAGGCUGGUAGGUAAUGGGGCUUUAACAUGAGUAUAUUGAGGAGGUGGUAGGUAAGGGGUUUUAACCAUUAGUGUUGAGCGGAGAGAGGAUGGUAGGUAAGGGGCUUUAACAUUAGUGUGAGAGGAGAGAGGAUGGUAGUUAAUGGGGCUUUAACUAACAUUAGUGUUGAGAGGAGAGAGGAUGGUAGGUAAUGGGGCUACAUUAGUGUGGAGAGGAGAGAGGAUGGUAGUAAUGGGGUUUUAACAUUCUGUGGAGAGGCGAGAGGAUGGUAGGUAAUGGGAUUUACAUUAGUGUUGAGAGGAUGGUAGGUAAUGGGGCUUUCACAUUAGUGUUGAGGAGGAUGGUAGGUAAUGGGGUUUUUAACAUAGUGUUGAAGAGGAGAAGCGGAUGGAGGUAAUGGGUUCUUUAACUUAGGUUGAGAGGAGAGAGGAUGGUAGGUAAUGGGGCUUUAACAUAGUGUUGAGCGGAGAGGAGGAUGGUAGGUAAUGGGGCCUUUAACAUUAGUGUUGAGAGAGAGGAGGAUGGUAGGUAAUGGGGUUUUAACAUGAGUGUUGAGAGGAGAGAGGGGUAGGUAAUGGGGCUUACAUAGUGUUGAGACGGAUGAGAGAUGGUAGGUAAUGGGCUUUAACAUUAGGGUGAGAGGAGAUUGAGGAUGUAGUUAAUGGGGCUUUAACCGUAGGGUUGAGGGAGAGAGGAUGUUAGGUAAUGGGGCUUUAACAUAGUGCUGAGAGAUGGUAGGGUAAUGGGGCUUUAACUUAGGGUUGAGAGGGGGAGGAGGUAGGUUAAAUGGGGCUUUAACAUUGUGUUGAGAGGAGAGGGAUUGGUAGGUAAUGGGGGGCUGCUUUAACAUUAGUGUUGAGAGGGAUCGGAGAGAGGAUGGAGGUAAUGGGCUUUAAACAUUAGUGUCGAGAGGCGAGAGGAUGGUAGGUAAUGGGGUUUUCAAUUAGUGUGAGAGGAGAGAGGGAUGGUAGGUAAUGGGGCUUUAACAGUAGUGUUGCGAGGAGAGCGGAUGGUAGGGAAUGGGGGUUUAAAAAAUUAGUGUUGAGAGGAGAAGAGGAUGGUAGGUAAUGGGGUUUUACCAUUAGUGUGAGAGGGAGAGAGGAUGGAGGUAUGGGGCUUUAACAUCUAGUGUAUGAGAGGACGAUGGUAGGAAUGGGGCUUUAAUAUUAGUGUUGAGAGGAUGGUAUGUAAAGGGGCUUUAACAUGAGUAUUGAGAGUAUGGUAUGUAACGCGGCUUUAAAAUUAGGUUGAGGAGGAUGGUAGGUUAAUGGGGCUUUCUUUAAAUUAGUGUGAGAGGAGAGAGGAUGGGAUGGUAAUGGGGGCUUAACAUUAGUGUUGAGAGGAGGGGAGGAUGGUAGAGUAAUGGGUUUAACAUAGUGUUGAGAGGAGAGAGGAGGAUGGUAGGUGGUAUGGGGCUUUAACAUAGUAUUGGGAGGAUGUAGGAAAUGGGGUGGCUUUAAACAUUAGUGUUGAGAGGAGAGAGGAUGGUAGGUAAUGGGGCUUUAACAUAGUGUGAGAGGAUGGUAGGUAAGGGGCUUUAACAUUAGUGGUGAGAGGGAGGAGGAUGGUAGGUAAAUGGGGUUUUAACAUUAAGUGUUGAGAGGAGGAGAGGAUGGUAGGUAAUUGGGGCUUUAACCAUUAGUGUUGAGAGGAGAGAGGAUGGUAGGGAAUGGGGCUUUAACAUUAGUGUUGAGAAGGAUGGUAGAGUAAUGGGGUUUUAAAAAUUAGUUGUGAGAGGAGAGACGGAUGGUAGUAAUGGGGCUUUAACAUGUGGUGAGAGGGGAGAGCUGGUAGGUUAAUGGGAUUUAACAUUCGUUUUGAGAGGAGAGAGGAUGGUAGGUAAUGGGGGCUUUAACAUUAGUGUGAGAGGGGAGAGGAUGGUAGGGAAUGGGGCUUUAAACAUUAGUGUUGAGAGGAGAGAGUGAUGGUAGGUAAUGGGCUUGUUAACAUUAGUGUUGAGAGGAGAGAGGAUGGAGGUAAUGGGGACUUUAAAUUAGUUAGUGAGGAGGAUGGUAGGUAAUGGGGCUGGCUUUACAUUAGUGUUGAGAGGAGAGCAGAAUGGUAGGUAUGGGGUUUUUAACAUUAGUGUUGAGGAGGAGAGAGGGAUGGUAUAGGUAAUGGGCUUUAACAUUAGUGUGGAGGAUGGAGGUAAUGGGCUUAAACAUUAGUGUUGAGAGGAUGGUAGGUACUGGGGUUUUAACAUUAGUGUGAGAGGAGAGAGGAUGGAGGUAAUGGGUUUACAUUAGUGGUUGAGAGGAGAGAGGAUGGUAGGUAGGUAAUGGGGAUUGCACAUUAGUGUGAAGGAGAGAGGAUGGUAGGUUUAAUGGGGCUUCUAACAGUAGUGGUGAGAGAAGAGGGGAUGGUAGGUAAUGGGGCUUUAACACUUAGAUGUUGAGAGGAGAGGGAUGGUAAGGUAAUGGGGCUUAACAUUAGUGUUGAGAGCGAGAGAGGAUGGUAGUAAUGGGGCUUUAACAUUUAGUGUUGAGAGGAUGAGAGGAUGGUAGGUAAAUGGGGCUUUGGGCUUUUAACCGUAGUUUGAGGGAGAUAGGAUGGAGUAGGUAAUGGGGCUUUAACAUUAGUGUUUGAGAGGAUGGUAGGUAAUGGAGCUUUAAACAUAGUGUUUAGAGGAUGGUAGGUAAUGAGGCUGUCACAUUAGUGUGAGAGGGGUAGGAAUGGGGCCUUUAAACAUAGUGUUUAGAGGAUGGUAGGUAUGAGGCUUGAAAUAGUGUUGAGAGGAGGGUAGGUAAUGGGGUUGUUAAACAUUAGUGUUGAGAGGAGAGAGGAGGAUGGUAGGUGGUACAUGGGUUUUAACAUUAGUUUUGAGAGGAGAGAGGGGAUGGUAGGUAAUGGGCUUUAACAUUAGUUUUGAGAGAGAGAGGAAUGGAGUUAGCGUAAUGGGGCUUUAACAUUUAGUGUGGAGGAGGAUGGUAGGUAAUGGGGCUUUAACAUGUGUUGAGAGGGAGAGAGGAUGGUAGGUAAUGGGGUUUUAACUUAGUGUUGAGGGAGAGCGGAUGGUAGUAAUGGGGCUUUAACAUUAGUGUUGAGAGGAGAGAGGAGGGUAGGUAAUGGGCGGUUUUUAAACAAUUAGUGGUUGAGAGGGAGAGAGGAUGGUAGGUAAUGGGGCUUUAAAUUAGUUUUGAGAGGAGAGGGGGAUGGUUAGGAUGGGCUUUAACAUUAGUGUGGAGAGGAAUGUAGGUAAUGGGGCUUUAACAGUAGUGUUGAGAGGAGGUAGGUUAAUGGGGCUUUAACAUAGUGUUGAGAGGAUGUAGGUAAUGGGCUUUAACAUUAGUGUGAGAGGAUGGUAGGUAAUGGGCGUUAACAUUUAGUGUUGAGAGGAGGAGGUAAUGGGGGUUUUAACAUUAGUGUUGAGAGGAGAGGAGGGAUGGUAGGUAAUGGGGCUUAACAUUAGUGUUAGAGGAGAGGGAUGGUAGGUAAUGGGGCUUUAACAUUAGUGUGAGAGGAGAGAGGAUGGUAGUAUGGGCUUUAAAUUGUGUUGAAGAGGAGAGAGGAUGGUAGGUAAUGGGGGCUUUAACAUUAGUGUGGAGAGGAGCCGAGGAUGGUAGGUAAUGGGGCUUUAACAUUAGUGUUGAGAGGAGACUUAGGUGGUAGGUAAUGGGGCUUACAUUAGUGUUGAGAGGAUGCGUAGGUAAGGGGCUUUAACAUUAGUGUUGAGAGGAUGGUAGGUAAUGAGGCAUUUAACAUAGUGUGAGAGGAUGGGAGGUAAUGGGCUUAACAUUCGUGUUUAGGAGGAUGGUAGGAAUGAGGCUUUAAACAUUAGUGUUGAGAGGAUGGUAGAUAGGAAUGGGGUUUGAACAUUAGUGUUGAGAGGAGAGAGGAUGGUAGGUAAUGGGGGCUGAACAUUAGGGGUGAGAGGAGAGAGAGGAAUGGUCAGGGUAAUGGGGCUUAAAUUAGUGUUGCAGAGGAGAGAGGAGGGUAGGUAAGGGGCUUCUGCUUUAACAUUAGUGUUGAGAGGAGAGAGGGUAGGGUAGGGAAUGGGGCUUUAACAUUAGUAGUGUUGAGAGGAGGGAGAGGAUGGUAGGUAAUGGGGCUUUUAACAUAGUGUUGAGAGGAUGGUAGGUAAUGGGGCUUACAUUAGUGUUGAGAGGAGGAUGUAGGUCUGGGCUUUAAACAUAGUGUUGAGAGGAGAGAGGAUGGUAGGGAAUGGGGUUUUAACAUUAGUGUUGAGAGGAGAGAGGGAUGGUUAGGUAAUGGGGCUUUAACAUGAGUUUUGAGAGGAGAGAGGAUGGUAGGUAGUGGGGCUGCUUUAACAUUAGUGUUGAGAGGAUGGUAGGAAGGGGCUUUAACAUUAGUGUUGAGAGGAUGGUAGGGUAAUGGGGCUUGAACAUUAUUGUUGAGAGGAUGGUAGGUAAUGGGCUUAACAUUAAGUGUGUUGGAGGAGGUAGGUAAUGGGCUGUAACAUUAGUGUUGAGAGGAGGUAGGUAAUGGGGCUGUACCAUUAGUGUUGAGAGGAAGAAGGAUGGUAGGUAAAUGGGGUUUUAACAUUAGUGUGAGAGGAGAGCGGAUGGUAGGUAAUGGGGUUUAACAUUAGUGUUGAGAGGAAGAGAACGAGGAGGAGGUAAUGGGGCUUUAACAUAGUGUUGAGAGGCCGAGAGGAUGGUAGGUAAUGGGGCUUUAACAUUAUGUGUUGGAGGAGAGAGGAUGGUAGGGAAUGGGGCUUUAAACAGUAGUGUUGAGAGGACGAGGAUGGUAGGUAAUGGGGUUUUAAACAUUAGUGUUGAAGGAGGGAGGGAUGGUAGGUAAUGGUGUUUAACCUUAGGUGAGAGGAGAGAGGAUGGUAGGUAAUGGGGCUGUAACAUUAGUGUGGAGAGGAUGGUAGGUAAUGGGGUUUUAUACAUUAGUUUGAGAGCGGGAGGAUGGUAGGUAAUGGGUUUUAACAUUAGUGUGAGAGGAGAGAGGAUGUAGUAAGGGGCUGUAACAUGAGUGUUGAGAGGAGAGAGGAUGGUAGGUAAUGGGGUUAACAUAUAGGGUGAGAGGAUGGUAGGUAAUGGGGCUUUAACAUUAGUGUGAGAGGAGAGAGGGAUGUAGGUAAUGGGUUUUAACAUUAGUGUUGAGAGGAGAUGGUAUGUACUGGGGCUUUAACAUUAGGGUUGAGAGGAGAGAGGAUGGAGGUAAUGGGGCUUUAAACAUUAGUGUUGGAGGAGAGAGGAUGGUAGGUAAUGGGGCUUAACAUUAGUGUGAGAGGAGAUGAGGAUGGUAGCGCUACAUGGGGUUUUUAAUAGUGUGGGAGGAUGGGAGGUAAGGGGCUUUCUUUAACAUUAGUGUUGAGAGGCGAGAGGAUGGUAGGUAAUGGGGCUUAACAUUAGUGUUGAGAGGAUGGUAGGUAAUGGGGCUUUAACAUUAGUGUUGAGGAGAGAGGAGGUAGGUAAUGGCGGGCUUUAAACAUUAGUGUUGAGAGGAUGUAGGUAAUGGGGCUUUAACAGUAGUGUUGAGAGGAGAGAGGCUGGUAGGUACUGGGGCUUACAUUAGUGUUGAGAGGCUGAGGGAUGGAUGCGUAGGUAAUGGGGCUUAACAUUAGUGUGAGAGGAGAGAGGAGGGUAGGUAAUGGGGCUUAACAUUAGUGUUGAGAGGAGAGAGGAUGGUAGGGGGUAAUGGGGCUUUAACAUUCGUGUUGAGGAGGAUGGUAGUAAUGGGGCUUUCAUAUUAGUGUGAGAGGAGAGAGGAUGGUAGGUAUGGGGCUUUUAACGUUAGGUUGAGAGGAGAGAGGUGGUAGGUAAGGGGCUUUUAACAUUAGUGUUGAGAGGAGUGGAGGUAAUGGGGCUUUAACAUUAGUGUUGGAGGAGAGAGGAUGGUAUGUAAGGGGCUUUAACCAUUAGUGUUGAGAGGAUGAGAGGAUGGUAUGUAAUGGGGCUUUAACAUUAGUGUGAGAGGAUGUAGGUAAUGGGGCUUUUAAACAUUAGUGUUGAGAGGAUGGGAGGUAAUGGGGCUUUAAACAUUGUGUUGAGAGGAGAGAGGAUGGUAGGUAAUGGGUUUGAACAAUUAGUGUUGAGAGGGUGGUAGGUAAUGGGGCUUAACAGUAGUGUUGAGAGGAGGAGAGAGGAUGGUAGGGAAUGGGGCAAUAACAGUUAGUGUGAGAGGAGAGAGGAUGGUAGGUAAUGGGGUUUAAAAUUAGUGUGAGAGGAGAGAGGAUUGGUAGGUAAUGGGGUUUUAAAAUUAGUGUUGAGAGGAUGGUAGGAAUGGGCUUUAACAGUAGUGUUGAGAUGGAGAGAGGAUGGUACGGUAUGGGGCUUUAAAAUUAGUUGUUGAGAGGAUGGUAGGUAAUGGGGCUGUAACAUGAGUGUUGAGAGGAGAGAGGAUGGUAGGUAAGGUGGGUAAUGGGGUUUUAAUAACAUUAGUGUUGAGGGGAAUGAGAGGAUGGUAGUAAAAGGGGGUUUACCAUUUUUUUAGUUGUUUGAGAGGAGAGAGGAUGGUAGGUAAUUGGGCUUUAACUUUAGUGGUUGAGAGGAGAGAGGAUGGUAGGGAAGGGGCUUUAACAUUGUGUGAGCGGAGAGAGGAUGGGAGGGAAUGGGGCUUUAACAGUAGUGUUGAGAGGAGAGAGGAGGGUAGGGUAAUGGGGCUGUAACCUUAGUAUUGAGAGGAUGGAGGUAAUGGGGCUUUAACAUUAGUGUUGAGAGGAGAGAGGAUGCGUGGUAAUGGGUUUUUAAACAUUAGUGUUGGAGGAGAGAGGAUGGUAGGUAAUGGGGCUGUAACAUUAGUGUUGAGAGGUGGUAUGUAAUGGGGUACUUUAACUUAUUGUUGAGGGAUGGUAGGUACUGGGGCUUUAACAUUAGGUGAGAGGAUGGUAGGUAAUGGGGACUUUGUUCUUUAACAUUAGUGUUGAGAGGAUGGUAGGUAAUGGGGCUUUAAACAUUAGUGUGAGAGGAGAGGAGUGAUGGUAGGUAAUGGGGUUUAAACAUUAGUGUUUGAGAGGAGAGAGGAUGGUAGCGAUAAGGGGGUUUUAACAUAGUGUUGAGAGGAAGGAAAGAGGAUGGUAGGUAAUGGGGCUUUAACAUUAGUGUUGAUGAAGGAGAGAGGAGGUAGGUAAUGGGCUAACAUAGUGUUGAUGAGGAGAGGGAUGGUAAGGUAAUGGGGCUUUUAACAUUUAGUGUUGAGAGGAGAGAGGAUGGUAGGUAUGGGGUUGUAAAUUAGUGUUGAGAGGAGGGAGGAUGGUAGGUAAUGGGGCUUUAACCUUAGUGUGAGAGGAGAGAGCGAUGGUAGUAAUGGGCUUUUUAACAUUAGUGUGGAGAGGAUGGUAGGUAAUGGGUUUUAACAUUGUGUUGAGAGGAGGAGGAUGGAGGUAAUGGGUUUUGGUUUUACAUUAGUGCUGAGAGGAGAGAGGAUGGUACGGUAAUGGGGGCUUUAAGCUUUAACAUUAGUGUUGAGAGGAGAGAGGAUGGAUAGGUAAUGGGGUUUGUAACAUAGGUGUUGAGAGGAUGGUUAGGUAAUGGGGCUUAAAUUAGGUUGCGAGGAGAGAGGAUGGUUUAGGUUUAUGGGUUUAACAUUAGGUUGAGAGGGAUGUUAUGUAAUGGGCUUUAACAUUAGUGUAUGAGAGGAGAGAGGAUGGUAGGGAAGGGUUUUAACAUUAGUGUUGAGAGGAUGGUAGGUAAUGGGGCCUUAACAUUAGUGUUGAGAGGAGAGAGGAUGGUAGGUAAUGGGCUUCUUUACCAUAGUGUGUGAGGGAUGGUAGGUAAUGGGGCUUUAACUAGUGUGAGAGGAGAGAGGAUGGUAGGUUAAUGGGGCUUUAACAUUUAGGUUGAGAGAGGAUGGUGGUAAGGGGCUUUAACAUUAGUGUUGAGAGGAGAGAGGCUGGUAGGUAAUGGGGCUUUAAAUUAGUGUUGAGAGGAGAGAGGAUGGUAGGUAAUGGGGCUUAACAGUAGUUGUUGAGAGGAGAGAGAGGUAGGUAAUGGGGCUUAACAUAGGGUUGAGAGGAAGACGGAUGGUAGGUGUAAUGGGGCUUUAAACAUUAGUGUUUGAUGAGGAUGGUAGGUAAUGGGGCUUUAAUAUUAGUGUUGAGAGGGAUGAGGAUGGUAGGUAAUGGGGCUUUAACAUAGUGUGAGAGGAGAGCGGAUGGUAGAAUGGGGCUUUAACAUCGUGUUGAGAGGAUGUAGGUAAUGGGGCUGAACAGUAGGUUGAGAGGAGGAGAGGAUGGUAUGUAAUGGGCUUUAACCGUAGUGUUGAGAGGAGAGAGGAUGUAUGUAAUGGGGCUUUAACAUUAGUGUUGAGAGGAUGGUAGGUAAUGGGGCUUUAACAUUAGGUUGAGAGGGAUGGUAGGUAAAUGGGGCUUAACAUUAGGGUUGAGAGGGAGAGAGGAUGUAGGUAAUGGGGUUUUAAAAUUAGUGUUGAGUGGAUGUAGGUAAUGGGGCUUUAACAUUAGUGUGGAGAGGAAGAGAGGAUGGUAGGUAAUGGGGCUUUAACAUUCGUGUUGAGAGGAGAGAGGAGGGUAGGUAAUGGGGUUUUAAAUUAGUGUUGAGCGGAGAGGAGGAGAGCGGAUGGUAGUUAAUGGGGUUUUAACCUAGUGUUGAGCGGAUGCGUAGGUAAGGGGACGUUAAAUAGUGUUGAGAGAGAGAGGAUGGUAGGUUAAUGGGGGCUUUUUACAUUGUGUGAGAGGGAUGGUAGGUAAUGGGGCUUUUAACAUUAGUGUUGAGAGGAGAGAGGAUGAGAGGUAAUGGGGUUUUAACAUUAGGGUUGAGAGGAUGGUAGGUUAAUGGGGCUUUAAAGUCGUGUUGAGGGAGAUGAGGAUGGUAGGUAAUGGGCUUUAAAAUUAGUGUUGAGAGGAGAGAGGAUGGUAGGUAAUGGGGCUUUAACAUUAGUUGUUGAGAGGGAGAGGAUUGUAGUAAUGGGGCUCUUGUUAAACAUUAGUGUUGAGAGGAGAGAGGAUGGUAGGUAAUGGGGGCUUUAACAUUAGUAUUGAGAGGAUGGUAGGUAAUGGGGCUGUAAAAUAGUGUGAGAGGUGGUAGGUAAGGGUUUUUAACAUUAGUGUGAAGGAGAGAGGCGGUAGGUUAAUGGGGCUUUAAACAUAGUGUUGAGAGGAUGGAGGUACAGGGGGCUUUAAACAUAUUGUGGAGGAUGGUAGGUAAUGGGGCUUUAACAUUAGGGUUGAGAGGUGGAUGGUAGUAAUGGGGCUUUAACAUUCGUGUUGAGAGGAUGGUAGGUAAUGGGGCUUUAACAUUAGUGUGAGAGGAGAGAGGCAUGGUAGGUAAUGGGUUUUAAGCAUUAGUGGUGAGAGGAGCGAGGAUGGUAGGUGAAUGGGGUUUUAACAUUAGGUUGAGAGGAAAGAGGAUGGUAGGUAAUGGGGCUUUAACAUUAGUGUUUGAGCGGAUUGAGAGAUGGUAGGUAGAUGGGGCUUUAACAUGAGUGUUGAGAGGAGGGAGGAUGGUAGGUAAUGGGGCUUUAACCUUAGGUUGAGAGGAAGGGAGAGAAGGAUGGUAGGUAAUGGGGCUUUAACAUUAGUAUGUUGAGAGGAUGGUAGGUAAUGGGGUUUGGUUUAACAUUAGUGUGAGAGGAGGGAGGAUGGUAGGGGUAAUGGGGUUUUAACAUUUUUUGGUGGUGAGAGGAGAGCGGAUGGUAGGUAAUGGGGCUUUACCACAUGAGGUUGAGAGGAGGAGAGGAUGGUAGGUCAAUGGGGUUUUUUAACAUUAGUGUUGAGAGGAUGGUAGGUAAUGGGGCUUUUUAACCGUAGUGUUGCGAGGAGAGAGGAUGGUAGUAAUGGGGUUUUACACAUAGUGUGAGAGAUGGGAUGUAAUGAGGGCUUUAACAUUUAGUGUUGAAGGGAGGAGAGGAUGGUAGUAACUCGGGGCACUUAACAUUAGGUUGAGGGAGGAGAGGAGAGAGGAUGGUAGGUUAAUGGGGCUGUAACAUUAGUGUUGAGAGGAGAGAGGAUGGUAGGUUAAGGGGGGUUGUUAACAUUAGUGUUGAGAGGGCUGGUAGGUAAUGGGGCUUCACAUUAGUGUUGAGGGAGAGAGGAUGGUAGGUAAUGGGGCUCUUUAACAUUAGUGUUGAGGAGGAUGGUCAGGUAAUUGGGGCUUAACAUAGUGUGAGAGGAGAGAGGGAUGGUAGGUAUGGGGCUCUUUAACAUUAGUGUUGAGAGAAUGGUAGGUAAUGGGGCUUUUUUAACAUUAGUGUGAGGGACGAGAGGAUGGUAGGUAAUGGGGCCUUUUUAACAUUAGUGUUGAGAGGAGAGAGGAUGGUAGGGAAUGGGGCUUUAACAUUUAGUGUGAGAGGAAGAGGAGGAUGGUAGGUUAAGGGGCUUUAACAUUAGUGUUGAGAGGAGAGAGGAUGGUAGGUAAUGGGGCUUCUAAAAUUAGUGUUGGAGGAUGGUACGGUAAUGGCGGCUUUAAUAUUAGUGUUGAGAGGAGAGGGAUGGUAGGUAAUGGGGCUUUAACAUUAGUGUUGAGAGGAGAGAGGAUGGUAGGGUAAUGGGCUUAACAUUAGUGUUGAGAGGAUGGGUAUGGUAAUGGGCUUUAACAUAGUGUGAGAGGAGAGGGGGAGAGAGGAUGGUAUUGUAAUGGGGCUUUAACAUUAGUGUUGAGAGGAGAGAGGAUGGUAUGUAAUGGGGCUUAACAUUAGGUGGAGAGUGAGGAUGGUAGGUAAUGGGGGGGCGUUAACAUUAGUGUUGAGCGGAUGGUAGGUAAUGGGGCUUUAACAUUAGUGUGAGCGGAGGAGAGGAUGGUAGGUAAUGGGGUUUGAACAUUAUGUUGAGGAGGAUGGGAGGUAAUGGGCUGUACACAUUAGUGUUGAGAGAGAGAGGAUGGUAGGUAAUGGGGCUUAACAUUCGUGUUGAGAGGAGAGAGGAUGGUAGGUAAGGGGGUUUUAACAUUAGUGUUGAGAGGAGGAGGAUGGUAGGUAAUGGGGGUUUUUUGGUUUAAACAUUAGUGUUGAGAGGAUGGUAGGUACGGGGCUUUAACAUUAGUGUUGAGAGGAGAGAGGCUGGUAGGUAAUGGGGCUUUUUAACAUAGGUUGAGGAGGAUGGUAGGUAAUGGGGCUCUCUUAACAUGUUUUUUUGAAAAUAAAAAGGGGGGGGGAGGAGAGAGGAUGGUAGGUAAUGGGUUUAACAUUAGUGUGAUGAGGAAGAGGAUGGUAGGUAAGGGGGCUUUUUUAACAUUAGUGUUGAGAGGAGAGAGGAUGGUAGGUAAUGGGGCUUUGAAUUGUGUUGAAGGAGAGAGGAGAUGGUAGGUAAUGGGCUUAAAACAUUAGUGUUGAGAGGAGAGAGGAUGGUAGGUAAGGGGCUUUUAACAUUAGGUUGAGAGGAGAGAGGUGGUAGGUAAUGGGGCUUAACAUGUAUUGAGAGGAUGGUAUGUAAUGGGGCUUUAACAGUAGUUGUUGAGAGGAGAGAGGAUGGUGAGGUUAGGUUAGUGGGUUUUAACAUUAGUGUUGAGAGGAGAAGAGGAUGGUAGGUAAGGGGCUUUAACAGUUAGUGUUGAGAGGAUGGUAGGUAAGGGUUUUUAACAUAGUGUGAGAGGAUGUAGGUAUGGGGCUUUAACAUUAGUGGUGAGAGGAAGAGGGAUGGUAGGUUAAUGGGCUGUAACAUUAGUGUUGUGUGAGAGGAGAGAGGAUGGUAGGUAAUGGGGCUAACAUUAGUGUUGAGAGGAUGUAUGGUAAUGGAAGGUUUUAACAUAGUGUUGAGGAGGAUGGUAGGUGGUAAUGGGUCUGUAAUUAGUAGAGAGGAUGGUAGGUAAUGGGGCGUUGUAAUCUUAGUGUUGUUGAGAGGAGGUAGGUAAUGGGCGCUUUAAAAUAGUGUUGAAGGAGAGCGGAUGGUAGGUAAUGGGGGUUUUAACAUAGUGUGAGAGGAUGGAGGUUAAAUGGGGCUUGGCUUUAAACAUUCGUGUUGAGCGGAGAGAGGAUGGUAGGUUAAGGGGGUUUGAACAUUAGUGUGAGAGGAUGCGAGGAUGGUAGGUAAUGGGGCUUAACAUUAGUGUUGAGAGGGAUGAGAUUUGGUAGGUAAUGGGGCUUUAACAUUACAGUGUUGAGAAGAGAGGAGAGAGGAGGGUAGGUAAUGGGGUUUUAACCUCGUGUUGAGAGGGAGAGAGGAUGGUAGGUAAUGGGGCUUAAUAUUAGUGUUGAGAGGAGAGAGGGAUGGUAGGUAAUGGGGUUUUAAUAUUAGUGUUUGAGAGAGAGAGGUGUAGGUAAUAAUGGGGCUUUAAUAUUAGUGUGAGAGGAGAGAGGAUGGUAGGUAAUGGGGCUUUAACAUUAGUGUUGAGAGGAGAGAGGAUGGUAGGUAAUGGGGCUUUAACAUUAGUGUUGAGAGGAUGGUAGGUAAUGGGGCUUUAACAUUAGUGUUGAGAGGGAUGGUAGGUAAUGGGGCUUUAACAUUAGUGUUGAGAGGAGAGAGGAUGGUAGGUAAUGGGGCUUUAACAUUAGUGUUGAGAGGAUGGUAGGUAAUGGGGCUUUAACAUUAGUGUUGAGAGGAGAGAGGAUGGUAGGUAAUGGGGCUUUAACAUUAGUGUUGAGAGGAUGGUAGCAAAGGUAUCUAUAAUAGAUUUUCAGCUGUGUGCGUGUGUGCAGGUAUAAUCAGUGUUAGCAUGUUAGCAUGUCUGAAGGGUCUGGGUAGGUAUAAUCAGUGUUAGCAUGUUAGCAUGUCUGAAGGGUCUGGGUAGGUAUAAUCAGUGUUAGCAUGUUAGCAUGUCUGAAGGGUCUGGGUAGGUAUAAGCAGUGUUAGCAUGUUAGCAUGUCUGAAGGGUCUGGGUAGGUAUAAUCAGUGGUAGCAUGUCUGAAGGGUCGGGGAUCCCGCCUCUGAGGACAACAGCCAAUCGAAGCCUCCCUCUGAUAACAACAGCCAAUCAGAAUCCAUAUCUGAUGACAAGAUCCAAUCAUAACCUCCGUUAAUGCCUCACAGCCUUGUGUAGUCUUUAGCAGCACACUGGUUGUCUUUUCCUAUGUUUCAUCUUUCUGUUGUUUUUUUCCAUCUGUCCUCCUUCAGCCCGUCCUUCCAUCUCAGCCCAGUGGGGAGAAGGUCCAGCUGGUCACAGCACCUGUCAGGUAGGACACACACUCACACACUCACACACACACUCACCACACACUCACACACUCACACACUCACACACACACACACACACUCACACACUCACACACUCACUCACUCACUCACACUCACUCACACAGUAAUGUAUUGUUAACCCCCCUCUCUGUGUGUGUGUGUUAGUGGUUCGAGGUGUGUGGCGCAGUUCGAGUACGAGGGGCAGGAGGAAGACGGGCUGACUUUCUCUGAGGGUGAUGUCAUCUCUCUGACGGAGGUGAUUGGUCAGGAGUGGGGGCGGGGCCAGAUCCACGGGCGAAUAGGAAUCUUCCCCCUGGCCUUCAUGGAGGUCCUUGAGGAACCGCCUCCGUCGGCAGGGAAACGGCCCGUUGUCGAGAAGACCACGAAGAUGGAAUCCUCA